CAUAAAUACAGGUUGGCACUGAUAUCUUUCACUGUGUUCUCAUGUGCAGAGAGGUUACGGUGAAAGUGGGAGUGCUUGUGUGUCGAUGCCAUAUUAUCGUGAUUUACUGUCUGCUUGUGGUGACACGAAAUCUGACAUUUAGGUAGCAGCUCUUGGCACUAAUAGUAUUGUGCAAGGAGUUAAUUUUUAGCGAGGACAAAAGGCAGAAGGUCCAACUUGUUGAACUUAGAAGGACACAGCCUGUAAGCUGCCAGACAGGUUCAGGCGGAGUAAGAGAGUUAUUCUCUUUAAUGAUCCACAGCUCCUAGCUCCUGCGGGAAUUAGCUUGUUCCACGGUGACCUAUUCAGACAGAGAUUACUACGUGUGCUGCACACAAUCAGGAGGAACAAGCGGAUCUAAGGACACUACCAUUGUGUGCAAGCUAGUCGCCAAUCGUUAGGAGAAUGUUAAGGAGUUGGCGUAACCUGGACCAUCGCAUGAAGUAAAGAGCGUUACUGAUUCACAAACUUUGCCGUAAGCUAGAUUGACUGACUGAAAAGUGUCUGGAAGAAUAUUACCUUGUGGUGUCAUGUGCUCUGUCUCCGAGGACAUCGUCUCCUCUGCACCGCGGUUCGCAAACCGAUGGCAACAUGGUGGUGUUAUCGCAAGAGGUCGACUGAGAGGUAAGGACUGGUUCAAACAUGGGCUCUGCAAGACAUGACAUUCAGCAAGUUCUAGAACCCCGUAGGAAAUGAUUCUAGAAAAAUCUUCAUUAGCCCUCCAAAUGCCAUAAAUGUGGGAGUGAUUUUAUAUGUUUGCUAAUAAAAAGAAGAAUUUGUUACUAUCUAACCAUUCAUAGUAUGUACUGUUUUAUCAGAUUAUGUUUGCCGUAACGUUUUCAAUCAGUUUAUUAGAAGUGUAUAAUGGCUAUAUCUCAAGAAUUCGUUUUAUUCCAGUAGAACAAUAUUAAUGCAGAAAACUAUGUUUUUAUACAGGCUUUUUAUUUUUAUUUUGCGGUUAGUUAUUUAUAUCAAUGGCAUACGCAAUAAGUGCACACCCUAAUAUAGCGCCAAAUUGCCCUCUCUUUUCCAGGUUUAAAUUCCAGGGCGAUUUUUGCAUGAGUUUGGGAUCGCAUGACUAUUUCUACACACACAUAUAUAUAUAUAUAUAUUGUUCAAUUAGAGCAAAAAUUCACAUUUUUAAAAUUAGUAAUUUUUUUAAAGCAAAGUGUAUCUGGUAACGUUUCCUUUAACGCCCCAAUACAGAAUGCUGCGCACGUCAAUGAGAGAUGUAUACAAAACAUGUGCAAUUAACACACAUUGUUGCACACAGCUGAUCAGCUUGGAUGUGUGCAGCCAAUCAGGAGAGGCUGUGGAUACUAGAUCUUAUGACAGAUGAAAAAGUUUCUUUGGGGAUUUCAUUGGCGCACAGAAACUAGUAAUGGUCACCUCUGGCAAUUAUCUAAUGAACGUCUCUUACAGCUUUCUAAGACAGCACUAUGGUCCCCUAUUUCUAAAAGUACUGGAAACAGAAGCUUUUGAUCUGUUCUAAGAGCCUUCAAAGUAUCUGUUUUGCUUCUGUUAGGGAAUAAAAAAUAAACACACACAUUACAAAAAGAGCCAUGAGUGAUCCUGCUACCUGGCUCCUUUACAUGUACGUAGAGAGCCAGCACUAAGUAUAAAACCUACAUAAUGAGUUCUUUGAUUUUAUUAUUUUAUCCCUACUAUUUCCUUUCAUCUCUUCCGCUACAGCUCAGUACUCCCAUUAAUUACUUCUUUAUAGCAGGUUUUGUCCAGAAGACCCAUUGUUCCAGUUGACCAUUUUCAAAUGGGUCUCCAAUGAAAGAGAGUUUUACUUAAUCUACGUGUCAUCCUCUUUUCAGCAUACAGAACCAGUCUUACCAGAUCCACCCACGUACAGAGAAUGUCUCAGCUGGACCUCUCUACCAUACAGAGAAUGUCUCAGCUGGACCUCUCUACCAUACAGAGAAUGUCUCAGCUGGACCUCUCUACCAUACAGAGAAUGUCUCAGCUGGACCUCUCUACCAUACAGAGAAUGUCUCAGCUGGACCUCUCUACCAUACAGAGAAUGUCUCAGUUGGACCUCUCUACCAUACAGAGAAUGUAUCAGCUGGACAUUUCUACCAUACAGAGAAUGUAUCAGCUGGACAUUUCUACCAUACAGAGAAUGUCUCAGCUUGGCCUCUCUACCAUACAGAUAAUGUCUCAGCUGGACCUUUCUACCAUACAGAGAAUGUCUCAGCUGGACCUCUCUACCAUACAGAGAAUGUCUCAGCUGGACAUUUCUACCAUACAGAGAAUGUCUCAGCUGGACGUCUCUACCAUACAGAGAAUGCCUCAGGUGGACCUCUCUACCAUACAGAGAAUGUCUCAGCUGGACCUAACAGGACCGGCAGCCAGGGCGUGUAGCAAGAUCCAUUUAUAAAAGUGUCAAUGUCUAUUUAAAAUUCGUACUUUUUGUAUAAAAUUACACCCUGCUAACAAAAAAAAGUAUUUCAGCAAACUGAAGUGCUUUAGUGAUGGAGUGUCCCUUUAAAAGUCUUUUGCACAUGUUUUCACUGCCCAGAAAGGUAAGUGCCAACAAGAUUAAACAACACUAUAGUCCACAGAACGCCUACACCUAACAUACUGGUUCUGGCGUCUAUAGCCUUGGGCGGCAAAAAACGCCGCCCCCAAAUGCCCUGGGCAAAUGCCUUGUUAGCCUCGCGGCUAACAGACAUGCCGAGCGGGCAGGCGGCGCUGGCUGAUGGGCGGGCGGCUGGCGAGGGAGCUCUUCCUCUGAGCGGUCUACUCAGCUCCCUCGCGCGCCGCAGAGUAAGGCUGGGAGCCGGGAUAUGACAUCAUCAACCCGGCUCCCAGCCUCACUCUGCGGCGCGCGAGGGAGCUGAGCAGUCAGCUCAGAGGAAGUGCUCCCUCGCCAGCCGCCCGCCCGCCCGACCAUCAGCCACUGGACCACCAGGGAGAGAGGGACCCCCCCAGCAUUCCCAAAGGUAAGGAGGUUGGGGGGGUGGGGUAAGUAAAAAAGUGUUGAUGUGAGUGAGUGUGUGUAUAUAUCUGUGAGUGUGUCUGUUAAUGUGUGUGUGUUUGUUUGCUAGUGUGUGUCUGCUAAUGAGUGAGUGUGUGUCUGUUAGUGUGUGUCUGACUGUGUUUCUGUUAGUGUGUAUGUGUGUGUCUGACUGUGUUUGUCUGUUAGUGUGUGUGUGUCUGCUAGUGAGUGUGUGUGUCUUAGUGUGUGUGUUUGCCUGUGAGUGUGUGUUUGUUAGUGUGUGUGUGUCUGUGAGUGUGUGUGUGUCUGUUAGUGUGUGUGUAUGUGUUUCUGUUAGCGAGUGUAUGUGUAUCUGUCAGUGAAUGUGUGUGUGUGUGUGUGUGUAUUUAGAAGGCUUGGGGGGGGGCUGGCGCGGGGGGGCACCUGAGUUUUGUCCUGCCUAGGGCAGCACAAAACCAGGAUACACCACUGUCUAUAGCAUGUUUCUGUAGGCUGGCUGAGCAAUGAAAACACUAUAUUUUCAUAGAAACAGCAGUGUUAACAGUGCUGCCUAGUAACACCUCUAGGUGCAGACACUCAGACGGCCACUAGAGGUGCUUCCUAUGUCAGUGCUGCAUGGAGGCACUGAAUGUUCCACUUAGAGAUGCAUUGAUUCUAUGGAUCUCUAAUGGGAGAUACUCAUUGGUGCAACGUGGGGUUUAGUCCCCGGAUGCGCAAUAACCUCCCAAUGCUUUCCUACGAGAAAGCAUUGGAUUGGCUGAGAUCGUCAAGAUUGGUUACCUCAGCCAUGGAGGCGAGACCGUCCGCAGCAAGAUCAGUGCAACAAAGGAGAAAAGGUAAGUAAACUACCUUUAUCUCCAAUCUGAGGGGGGCAGGGUAGGUUCUCCUGUAGUUGUUGUUAGGAAUACACAUUUGUAGUGUUCCUGUAAUCCUACAAGCUGCUGGUGUUAGUAGGAUGUUCAGUUCUGACCUCUGCUGCACAUGUGAGAUCAUUAAUAGCAUUGUCAAUAUGUGAUGUAUCUGAAACUGGAUAAGUAACUUUGUAUAAUAAUAACGUGCUGCUUGAGUUAUGAAAGGGUUCACUAUCAUUUAUAACCACAUUUCCCUGAUUUAUGCACAAUGCACAGUAAAGUAAUUCUUUAUAGGUUUAGUGGGACACUAUGGGCACCAGACCACUCCAUUUUAUUGAGGUGGUCUUGGUGCAGUGUCCCUGUUCCCUUAACACUGUAUUACAAAACAUUGCAAUUUUAGAGAAACGUCAAUGUUUACAUUGCAGUCUUUAGACUGCCUCUAGUUGCUUUCUACCUGACCGCCACUAGAGGUGCUUCCUGCAGUUUCACAGAGUUUGAAACAAUGCUGCAGUCCUGACACUUUGCCUGAGGAAGUGCGUUCCUAUGAAAAAGGCUAAAUGCACAUGUGGUGCUCACAAUCAUGCGCAUUAGCCCAUCCUCCCCUCUCCCCCCUUUAGCUGAGGUCAGUGGAGGAGGUGCAUGACCCAAGGGACAUUGGCACUGGAAUUGGGUAAGUGUAAAAAAGUUUCCUUCAACCCUUUAUUUACCUGGGGGAAGGAGGGGAGGGGGGUUAAGGGGAGUCAGAGGGCACAAUUAUGUUAGGAAUACAGUUUUGUUUUUCUGUGUGUGAAUCCUCACUGCAGCCUGUACCUCCUUCGAUGAUGUCAUCAAUUCUGAAUACUUUUGUCCAAUCAGAUGCAUCUUCUAAAGAAGCAUUGGAUGUAUACCCAGCUGUCUAGUGGCUGCAUACUUUGCUUGCUGACAUCGGAGCUAAAGUAGAUUAAAGGACUGAAUCUGUGCUACUCCGAAGAAUCAAGUCGCUAUGUCUGACAGUAAAUAAUAGAUGCAAAAACUGCUAAAUCUAAGCCACGCGUGAAGUGAUUUGGCUGUCCCUUUAACCCCUUAAGGACACAUGACAUGUCAUGAUUCCCUUUUAUUCCAGAAGUUUGGUCCUGAAGCGGUUAAGAUUGAUCACGCUUGACUUUGGAGUUCCUCUGAGCUCUAUUAAUCCCUUCAUUGAGCGGAGAGGAUGCAGCAGGAUGUGCCUAGUCUUCCUCUUGGCAAUUAUUGUAUCUUUUCAUUUUGGAUACUAAAAUACAAAUGUUUUGUAACAAGUUGAAUAAUAAAGCCUUUGAUAGACGUGCCAUGUUACGUACGUCACUGCCGAGUAUAUGAGAGAGAGAGAGAGAGAGAGAGAGAGAGAGAGAGAGAUAGAUAUAUAUAUAUAUAUAUAUAUAUAUAUAUAUAUAUUUUGGAUAGAUAGAUAGAUAGAUAUCAGUAACAAGGUGAUGGUAUGGAGAGAGGGUUUGACCUACAGAAAUCUUUAUCUACAAAUUAGGAGUGAGCGGAGAUAUCUGUGACCAGAAAUACCUACAGAGUCAGCCUUUAACCUACACCGGGGUAGGCAACCUUUAUUGUGAACUACAUCUCCCAUUAUACCCUUACAUAUUGCCAGCAAAGCAUACAUAGAGAUAUAAUCCAUGACAUUUUGGAGUGCAGAACGUUUCCUACCUCUAUACUGACUGAUAGCAAUCUAAGCCUGCAUGAUUCUUCCACCUUAAAGAGUUACUACAAGCACCAUGACCACUUCCAGGGAACCAGGAUAAGAAGGGUGUUUUAUGAAAACAGGGAUUUUUGCUUUGAGUUACCCUUUAAAGGUGGCUCCUUGUCAAUCAAUGCUAGAAGCUCCACCUUUUGCAUCUGUCAGUCAGCUUACAGAGCCCUGGUUAUACAUGGACUUAACUGGGUUGUGAUGUCAUUUACUCAUUUUUUCAAUAUGAAUUGAAAUGAAAACAGAGGGUUGCAUGGAAAAAAGGGUAACCUGAAGCGUGAGGAAGUCCAGCGUAGUUUAACCCCUUAAGGACCAAACUUCUGGAAUAAAAGGGAAUCAUGAUAUGUCACACGUCAUGUCUCCUUAAGGGGUUAACACACUUUUCGUGUUUUAACACCCCAGAAGUCCCUCUAGUGGCUGUCUGAUAGCCACUAGAGGAGGACUUAACCCUGCAAGGUAAUUAUUGCAGUUUAUAAAAAAAUGCCAUAAUUACAGUUGCAGGGUUAAGGGUGAUAGGAGUUGGCAUCCAGACUACUCCAAUAAGCAGAUGUGGUCUGGGUGCCUGGAGUGUCUCUUUAAAGAAAGAAACCUGCUUGGUCAGAGUAAUGGGUUUCCUAGCUAAGGAAUUCUCCAUCCUACUGGACAGCACUUUUCAUGCACUGCCCAAAUAUAUAUAUAUAUAUAUUUUUUUUAUUAUUAUUAUUAUUAUUAUUACAGGAAGACACAAUUGAUCCAGACAUACCUUUGGAAAAAUUGCAUGGCUUUCCCACAGUGUUGGAUCCAGCUCAACCGUAGUCAUUACUUAAAGGAACACUAUUUCUCAUUGACAUGGUCUGGUUGAAGUGUCACUGUCCCUUUAAUCCUACAAUGUAAAAUACAGUUUUAGAGAAACUGCAAUGUUGACAUUGCAGGGUUAUUAAUAUUGUUACAUAAUUAUGUGAUUUUAUUAAUUACAAAUAGAGGGACCUGUCUGACAACCCAGGCAGAAAGUCCAGAGAAUUUCAUCUACAAGCCUUAUAUUUAACCCUUUAACUUUCCAAAACACCAUAAAACAUGUACAUGGGGGUUACUUUUGGACUUGUGAGACUUCACUGAAUACAAAUGGUUUUUUUAAAAACAGUAAAACGUAAAGAUGAUAUAAUCAGUGAAAGUACAAUUUUUGUGUGGAAAAAUGCUAAAAAAUAAACAAACAAACCCAAAUAUGAACACUAACUAUGGCCAGGGUUUGUAAGUAAGUGGCUAUGAAAAAAAAUACUGGUCAUACCCCAUAUUGAAUAACCUUAGCGGUCUACUUUUGCAAAUGCUAUGCCACGAUGGAGUUAAUUUUAAUUCCUGGGUUGCCAUAAGGUCUAAAAGCCAACAUAGGCCCAGCAAACCAAUAUGGCAAAUUUCAAUGGGCAAAAAUUGAAAAGCCCGAUAUUUAACCCUGUGAUUUCCCAAAACCUUAUAAAACCUGUACAUGGGAUUAUUAUUGUACACAAAUUUGUGUGUUUCUUCUGAACAACAUGAGAUAUGAUAACGGAGGGUGCAGAGGUAAAUUAUGCAUCUCAAAUUCUAAGGUUUGUUUUAUUUAGAACCUGUACAAUUGUCUCCUUCCCAUUACUGGGAGUAUUUUUGCUGUGGAGCUCUGUUAUACACUCAGACACAUUACUGGGAGUAUUAUUGCUGUGGAGCUCUGUUAUACACUCAGACACAUUACUGGGAGUAUUAUUGCUGUGGAGCUCUGUUAUACACUCAGACACAUUACUGGGAGUAUUAUUGCUGUGGAGCUCUGUUAUACACUCAGACACAGUACUGAGAGUAUUAUUGCUUUGGAGCUCUGUGAUACACUCACAGUACUGAGAGUAUUAUUGCUUUGGAGCUCUGUUAUACACCCAGACACAUUACUGGGAGUAUUAUUGCUGUGGAGAUCUGUUAUACACUGAAACACAUUACUGAGAGUAUUAUUGCUUUGGAGCUCUGUUAUACACUCAGACACACUAGAAAGGGGGGACAGAGGGAUUUGGGAGCAAUAUUAUUAUCAUAUAGGGACUAUCCCUCUUAAAUAGGGCACUAGGCAGGUAUACAACAAAGCGUAAUAGCUAAUUAACAAUAGGGCAGGAACCCUAAAAAUGGAAAUCCCUCAGACCUUUUCAAAUACAGAGAAAAAAAAAUUACAGAAAAAGAAAUAAGGGCUGUGCCAAAUCUAAUAUUGGGAGAUUAAAAAAAGUCCAAAUAAACAAUAAAUAAUAGUGAAAAAGUCCAAAUGGACGGAUUGCACUCAGAUCAAACCUUGGGUAACGUGUUUAAUCAUAAAUAGUGUCCUCAGGGUCUUUUUCCACCAGGUAAAUCAAUUUAUAUGAAAGUAGAAGGGACCAAUAGUGCAGUAUGUACAAUCCAAUAUAUUCACCAAUAUGGGAAAGAUGGUAGUAAACUCACAUUUCUGAGAGCUCAAACUAGCUCUAGCGUGGAGGGCGUACAGUGGUAUAAUCCCCGCUUACGGGAUAUGCAGUAAGUUCUUUCCGUCAAGGGAAUGUCCAACAUUCAGGAGAGGGGUAAAAAGAAACAACUGAUCACUGUAUAAAAUAUCGGUGAUAAACAAAUAAAAUAAUACUCACAGGUGUCUAGAGCAGGUGAACCGCUCUCUGAUGUCAGCGUUGGUGGUAUGAUCCCCACCUGGUACAAAUUACCUGGUGAUAACAACAUUAUAAAAAGAUGAUUGUCACAAAUAAGUGACCAUAAACACUUUAUUUAGCUUUACAAUACACAGAAUGAGAUAUCCGUAAGGCAUUUCGGCUGAUAGGUGUUGUUGUCCCGGGUAUGUGCCGGCUGAUAGGUGUUGUUGUCCCGGUAUGUGCCGGCUGAUAGGUGUUGUUGUCCUGGGGUGUGGCCCAUGAAAGGGUUAAUUGCUGUUCUCUCUGCCUGGGGGCUAUCACGUGACCUCUGUCAGCCACCUGCUCCCGCUCACAUGGUGCCCGCUGCUGAUUGGCUGAGCUGGCUCAGGUAGUGUGCCAGCAGCACGUGCGCCCCGUGGUUGAUGUGACCUGUCUAUCAUAUGGCCAGCCGGCCCCGCCCCCCUCACCGUCAGCUCUCCGUCACCGCGGACCCCGCCCACAGUUUAGCUCACGGCCACGCCCAUGGUAACAGUGACCAGCGUGGAAACGCUCAGGUCCGGCCCCUUAGUUACCGUCACUCGCUGUGUGAGGCGCAGGCCCCGACCUCCCCGGGCCCGAGUCCGCGCAUGCGCAGUGUCCGGGCAGUAGGGGGCGUGCCGUAGAUUCCUGUCAGAGUGAGGAGACCGGAGCCUGGACCGGGGACACCGAGCUGCCCUCCCGCACCUCCCGCUGGCCCGAGCGGCCAUGCCCUCCGACUUCAUCUCCCUGCUCAGCGCCGACCUGGACCUGGACUCCCCGAAAUCCCUCUACUCCCGAGGUGAGGGGGCCGCGGGGGGCGGGGGAGGCAGGCUGCGGGGUUACAGCCAGGCUGCGGGGGGAGACCGGGGCCCAGGGCUGCGCACAGCGCUCACCGCAAAGGGUUCUGGGAGCUGGGGCUACCGCAGACAGUGCUCACCGCAAAGGGUUCUGGGAGCUGGGGCUACCGCAGACAGUGCUCACCGCAAAGGGUUCUGGGAGCUGGGGCUACCGCAGACAGUGCUCACUGCAAAGGGUUCUGGGAGCUGGGGCUACCGCAGACAGCGCUCACCGCAAAGGGUUCUGGGAGCUGGGGCUACCGCAGACAGUGCUCACCGCAAAGGGUUCUGGGAGCUGGGGCUACCGCAGACAGUGCUCACUGCAAAGGGUUCUGGGAGCUGGGGCUACCGCAGACAGCGCUCACCGCAAAGGGUUCUGGGAGCUGGGGCUAACGCAGACAGUGCUCAGCGCAAAGAGUUCUGGGAGAUGGUACCUGGGGCUAACGCAGACAGUGCUCAGCGCAAAGGGUUCUGGGAGAUGGUACCUGGGGCUAACGCAGACAGUGCUUACCGCAAAGGGUUCUGGGAGAUGGUACCUGGGGCUAACGCAGACAGUGCUCAGCGCAAAGAAUUCUGGGAGAUGGUACCUGGGGCUAACGCAGACAGUGCUCAGCGCAAAGGGUUCUGGGAGAUGGUACCUGGGGCUAACGCAGACAGUGCUCAGCGCAAAGAAUUCUGGGAGAUGGUACCUGGGGCUAACGCAGACAGUGCUCAGCGCAAAGGGUUCUGGGAGAUGGUACCUGGGGCUAACGCAGACAGUGCUCAGCGCAAAGGGUUCUGGGAGAUGGUACCUGGGGCUAACGCAGACAGCGCUCAGCGCAAAGGGUUCUGGGAGCUGGGGCUACCGCAGACAGUGCUUACCGCAAAGGGUUCUGGGAGAUGGUACCUGGGGCUAACGCAGACAGUGCUCAGCGCAAAGGGUUCUGGGAGAUGGUACCUGGGGCUAACGCAGACAGUGCUCAGCGCAAAGGGUUCUGGGAGAUGGUACCUGGGGCUAACGCAGACAGUGCUCAGCGCAAAGGGUUCUGGGAGAUGGUACCUGGGGCUAACGCAGACAGUGCUCAGCGCAAAGCAAAGGGUUCUGGGAGAUGGUACCUGGGCUAACGCAGACAGUGCUCAGCGCAAAGGAUUCUGGCAGAUGGUACCUGGGGCUAACGCAGACAGUGCUCAGCCCAGGGGUUCUGGGAGAUGGUACCUGGGGCUAACGCAGACAGUGCUCACCGCAAAGGGUUCUGGGAGAUGGUACCUGGGGCUAACGCAGACAGUGCUCAGCGCAAAGGAUUCUGGGAGAUGGUACCUGGGGCUAACGCAGACAGUGCUCAGCGCAAAGGGUUCUGGGAGAUGGUACCUGGGGCUAACGCAGACAGCGCUCAGCGCAAAGGGUUCUGGGAGCUGGGGCUACCGCAGACAGUGCUUACCGCAAAGGGUUCUGGGAGCUGGGGCUACCGCAGACAGUGCUCAGCGCAAAGGGUUCUGGGAGAUGGUACCUGGGGCUAACGCAGACAGUGCUCAACGCAAAGGGUUCUGGGAAAUGGUACCUAGAGCUGACGCAGACAGUGCUCAACGCAAAGGGUUCUGGGAGAUGGUACCUGGGGCUAACGCAGACAGUGCUCAGCGCAAAGGAUUCUGGGAGAUGGUACCUAGGGCUAACGCAGACAGUGCUCAGCGCAAAGGGUUCUGGGAGAUGGUACCUAGGGCUAACGCAGACAGUGCUUACCGCAAAGGAUUCUGGGAGCCGGGGCUCCUGCAGACAGUGGUUGCCGCAAAGGAUUCUGGGAGCUGGUUGCUGGGGCUCCUGCAGACAGUGGUUGCCGCAAAGGGUUCUGGGAGCUGGUUGCUGGGGCUCCUGCAGACAGUGGUUGCCGCAAAGGGUUCUGGGAGCUGGUUGCUGGGGCUCCUGCAGACAGUGGUUGCCGCAAAGGGUUCUGGGAGCUGGUUGCUGGGGCUCCUGCAGACAUUGGUUGCCGCAAAGGGUUCCGGGAGCUGGUUGUUGGGAUCCUGCAGACAGUGGUUGCCGCAAAGGGUUCUGGGAGCUGGUUGCUGAGGCUCCUGCAGACAGUGGUUGCCGCAAAGGGUUCUGGGAGCUGGUUGCUGGGGCUCCCGCAGUGGUUGCCGCGGAGGAUUCUGGGAGCUGGUUGCUGGGGCUCCUGCAGACAGUGGUUGCCGCGGAGGAUUCUGGGAGCUGGGGCUCCUGUAGACAGUGGUUGCCGCGGAGGAUUCUGGGAGCUGGUUGCUGGGGCUCCUGCAGACAGUGGUGUCUGCGGAGGAUUCUAGGAGCUGGGGCUCCUGCAGACAGUGGUUGCCGCGGAGGAUUCUGGGAGCUGGUUGCUGGGGAUCUUAUAGUGGAUGCCAUGCAGGACGCUGGGACUUGGCUUGGAUUGCCAAUGUCUGCUCACACAUUGUCCCAAGAGCUUGCAAUCUAGCCUGCUAUUGAUAUCUGGGCAAUGUAAAGGCCAUUGGCAGUAUGUCCUGGCACUGGGCAUGCUCAGGGUGUUGUAGGAAGAUGAGAAGCUCUUUUCCUGUUAGUGACAGGUCCUGGUAAUAAUAUGACUUUGAAUGUUUACAUCUCAUUACUGCGAGAUUCUAUUUACAGGUGACAGAUGUUUUUUGUUUUCUAAAGAUUCAAACGUGUUGUUAUCCAUUAUUUGCACUGUAUAUGCAUCUUUUGUAGUGGGAAAACACUCAGAUUCUUUACUGGCACAGUUGCUUCAGCUGUGCGGUAGAUAGUAGGUACAAGAGCUGUGACAUUUGCUUCGCUGAGAUCAGGAGCUAUGGAUUCAAACACGGAUGGAUGCCAGAGCAGUUGGGUGCCUUCACUGGGUUUGAGCAUGUGAGUUUUCAGGUUCUAUCGUGGGGAAAAGGAGCUGUGGGAUUAUGUCUGUGUGCAGAAGCUGUAGGUCUUGAUGAUUAUUAUUAUUAUUAUUAUUAUUAUUAUUACAAUUUAUAAAGCACAAUGGGUGCACUUACAGACACGUAUUUGUAACCAGACAUGUCGGAGAUCCAUGCUCAAUUAGCUUACAUGCUAUAGAGUAUAAGGUAUAGUGACACAAAGUGUAGGGUAGAAACUAGAAAGUAGGUUGCUUGGGCACUGUAGCUGUUAGGAUUCAUUGCUAAGCAUGGGCGCUGGAGCGGUGGGUCUUCAUGGUGGGGCACAGGCACUGGAGCUGUGGGGAUUGGCAAUAUGCAUGCGUUAUGUCAUCUACUGAGGGCACGUAUGGGUCUUCGUACUACUUGUACCCACAUAAGAGUUUCUUUUUGAUUGAAGAUGUGCAUUGUACACACAAAUCCUGAAACCUUGGUAUUUUGUGUACUUGAUGGAAGAUGUUUUCGUCUUGCUUAUAAUGUGUGUACUAUAUAGCAUGUAUACAUCGUCUUCAAGCUGAAGUUUAGAACUAGACAAUUAGUAUAGUCAUGGGCAAACACACACAUAAUGCCAAGUAGCAAUGGAAUUUGUAUACUUGUUAGAUUGCAAGCUCUUCGAACUAAAUGUUUGCACACAGAUUCUGCUUUCUGUAUUGACUGAGUACCACUGGGAAUGUAAUCCACAAACAUAUCCUUAGCUGAUAAUUGCCAUCACUGCUGUAGAGGGUCAUUGGUAAAACUUGUUUCCUUUUUUUGAAAAGUAGUGUUGGCACUGUGAGAAGUAUUUACUAGAGGCAAUCUAUCACCUUUUAAUAUUUCUUGUUUAAAAUUCUUAAUUUCCGGUUUCCUUGAAGUUGACCAUUACCCUGGUUUCAUACCCCUAGCCAGUACCCAUUUGUUGAUUUCCCCUAAGGGUUGCAGAUGGUUUUCUUAUUUGAUCUAAAAGGUGCAUUUUCCUGCUGAAGCUGGUGAUAAGCUCCCCCCCCCCCAUUUUAUACCAGUGCAUUUUUCAAACUGGUUUCUUUAAAUAUGCCAAACUGGUGUUUCAGGUGGGGGGGUGAGGGGGGGGAGCAAUUCUUGUAUACGCCUGCAUAUCUGUUUCCAUGCAACCUACCCCACGUUUUCAAGGUCAUUUCCUCUGGCUGUCCUUGCUUUGUUUGAGGAGGAGUUAUGUUGGUGACAGUUUUUAAGAAAGUCUUGGAAGCUUAACAAGCAGCAAGUCUUGUUGCCCUUUAACUCUUUGGGUACCAGCAGGCUCUUACAAUUAUUUUCCUGUCCAGUCAAGAUUCUGUUUAUGCCAGCCUACAGCUUGGUAUACUAGGGCUUGUCACUGAAGAGGUUGGGGAAUUCUCAAAUGUACCCAGUGAUUGCACACAACAGAAGGGAUAUUGUCCUUUUGUUUUGUUAGGUCCAUGUCAAGACAUCUUAAUGUGUUGUAAUUUGAAUCAGUGACCAGGUCCAGUGGUUUCCCUGCUAAGUGACAGAAUUUGAUUGUUGAAAUGAAUGCCAACUUCUAGAAUCUAUUUGGCAGGUUAGCUGAUGUGGAUGCCAAGUCAAGGUUCAGAGUUAUUUUUGGGCACACUGUGUAUACUGGACCUAUCAACCUCGUCCAAAGAAAUCAUUUUAUCGGCUCGCAUGUGAUUUUAAGCUGCUAUUUUAAUGUCAAACAGCUCAGGCCAAACUGUAUUAGUAUUUGCAAGAUAUUAAUCCAGUCACAGGCUUCCCUGCUAGCUCACAAACCCAUUAUAAGCUGGUCUGACGUAGGUUUAAACUCCAAAGUCUCUUAGCAGCCUUUAAAAAUGCAGUCUCCAGCAUAGAGGCUAUUACUGAAUAUUCAAUCUCCGUGCUUCAUUUGCUCAUCGUCACUACCACCUUUUAAAGGCACCACAAUCUAAACGGCUUUCACAUUUAAAUGUGAUUAUAAUGCGGUUUAUUCUACAAACACAGGAUAAACAAGAGUUGAAAAACAUGGCCAGAACAAAAAAGCUGGGACUACAGCAGAGAAUUGUUCUCCAAAAUGCACUUUUUGUCUAAACCUUGGAAUUUGGUAUUCAAUACUAUUCAUUGUUUAAUGAACUUCAAGCCAGUUUACAGGUGAAAAAAGACAAUGACAGAGUUGUGCCAUACACCAAUUUAUUCUCUGUUUUAAUUUAUUUCCCAAAUCUUGUUCCGCCUGAUGUUGUAUUGUCUGUAAUAUCUAAUAUGCACUUGCCACAACAAUAAUUUCAUCUAUAUUAAAUGGAAUAUGUGGUUGUUUCCCCAUACAUCUUUCACUGUCUGCUCACGCCUUCCUUUUCUAGAGACACUCUACUGGUUUCCGAUCUGCCAGUAGUAUGUUUUUAAAAUAUCUCCACUCACCAUUACUCGUCCUCAGAGUGCCCCUUCCUAGUUCAUUCUCCCUAUUAUCCCCUUACUACUGGAACGUAUCAAAUCAGUCACCUCCUUUGCAACAUCCGCGGUCUGCUGUCGAGGUGGCAAUUCAGAAAACUUCCUUGACUCUCACUGUGCAAAAAAUGAAUUUAAAAAAUAACAAAAUUUUUCCCUGUAUACUUGCUUCCAUUUUACCAUCAUAUUUUUUUAAUGCUCUGUCAAGUCUUGUUAAUUUUCAUUGAUUUGUGCAUACAACACCUUAAAAUCUUUUCGAUUGUAAGCUUGCGGGCAGGGCCAUUUACCUUUUGUGUUGGUCUGUUUAUAUUGUAUUGUUUUCCCAAUUGUACUGCGCUGCGGAAUAUGUUGGCACUUUAUAAAUGCCAGUAAUAAAUAAAGUGGCUAUAGUAAUCCAGACCACACGUCUCGAUUAAGUGGUCUAGGUGCAGUGCUCCUGUCUGUUUAAACAUUGGUGUUUUGCAGCAACAGCAGUAUUUUCAUUGCAUGGUUAGCACACCUCUAGAGACGGUCUUCCAUGCUCCUUCCUUCAUUCAUUCUUCUAGAAAAGCAUUGAUCCCAGUGCUGCUCUGAGAAGCAUUGAUUUAAUAUCCAAUGUCCUUAUAAAAUGAUUGAAUGUAACAGCCACUAGAUGUGUGUUUAGCCCUGUAGUGUAAACAUGGCAGUGAGUUCAAAAUGGUCGAUUGUUUUUACAUUAUGGGAUCAAAAUGCCAGGGGCAGUGCACACAGACCACUUCGUUGAGGUGAAGUAGUCUGGGUGCCUAUGCUGGCAUUCCCAUAGCAAGAGAAACUUUUAUGUUAAACUAUGUGCUGUAGUUUUUUGUGAUCUGUGUGAUGUGCAGAUAGUAAGAGAUUUUAAAAUGUUCCAUUUUUAAUUAAGAAAGGUAUUUCCAUUAGACAGUGAUAUGUCCAUAUUUUGUUUUUUAAUGUGGGAUGGGAUGAGUGCCUCUAUAUGGUAACUAUUUCCUAGUAGUCACAUAUUUUUAGUAAAGUUGAUGUAAACAGCCAAGCUCUACUAGCAGUAAUAAUGUAGGUGAAGUGUCAUGAUGUACCUUGUUCUAUUCCCUUGUCUUCUGUGAUCUCAUAAAGAUUUGGGUGGUAUUUUUGUGUUUCUUAGUAACUCCUUUUUAUUCUGUAGAUCUGAACUUUUGAAAUUGUAUAUCACCUUGUCGUCCCCCCCACCCCUCUCAAAGUAAUUAAAGUGACUUAGAAGCUUAGCCAGUGAGGAAUUCUUAGCUACCAAGGGAGAUCAGACCUUUGUGGUAUUUGUGUGGGCACUGUGAGCCCCUUAGGGACCAGGAGAUAAGCAGAUCUGUUUGUAUUAUGUGUGCUGCAUUUCAUUGAUCAGUAAGCGUUAAUCUAUUAAAUAUGUCUGCAUGAUGCUACAUUCCCAUUGCUUUGUGGACUUAGUGUAUUUUCUUGUUUAUAUUUGAAAUGGUCACUACAAGUGCAACUGGGAAAUAGUCUUUUUGUGUCAGUAUGAACCUGCUGGUAAGUAUUUUAAUGAGAUUGAGAUGCAUGUGGACUUUAGCAAAACAGGAAUGCUUCUCACGUGAGAAGCAGAAUCUUCUUCUUAUCUGUCACAGAUGAGGAAAUCUAUGCCGCCCAUGUUUGUAUGUUUCUAUCUAUAUUCACGACAUAAUAUAGUGGAUUAUGCAAAAGUGGAAUUGUAUCACUUAUUAUUUUUAUUUAUUUAUUUAUUUAUUUUUUUACAUCUGUUUAACAGCCAGUAAGCACUUGAGGUUGGCAGAAAAUAAGCUGUUUAACACCACUUUGGUUUUUUAACUGUUAGAGAUGAAUGCUUUCUGUCUAGGCUGGCUUUAGCUCUUUUAAUUUAAGAUGGACAGGUUAAAAAAAGUUUAGCACAGGGUAUAGGUUUUUAAAAUGCUGCACAGCGUGGUGCAAGUAACACUGUCAUUAUAAGAUAUGUACAGUGGUUAUAGUUGCCAUUGUUAAUGAGGUUGAUUAUUUGUGAUUAUGUGAAAUGACUGCUCCCGGGCUUGGAUUUAAUUUUCAAACUGGAAUAGACAUAUCUGUUACCAUGCACAGGUAUGGUUUUAGCACACAAGGUUAUGUGAAUUGUGUCUAUUGCAGCUAAGCAGACUCCAGGAUUUAGGAGCUGUGUGUUUGUAGCCAUGGGCUAAUCCUCAAUCUUUCCAACUGGCCCUUGUAGUUUGUCACAUCAGACCUAUUGUUGUUUUCAAGUAUACCUGGGAGAAAAUAUUGAAACUGUUAGUUCGUUAAUGUUAGUAUUGUUUAUUAUUUAAAUACCCCCCACAUACACAGACAUCAGAUAUGCAGGACUCAAUGGUUAUUUAUAUUAAGCCAUUAAACCAAUUGCUGAUUGUGGAACUAUCAGCUGGCACUUUUAUAUGGUGGUUGAUCCAAUUGUAGACCAGCAAUCAGCAAGAUUCCAUUGGUUUCCAUGGUGAUUGUUUCAGCUGUAGAGCAAUCAGCGGGAACAUUUAAUUGGUUUCCAUGGUGAUUGUAUCAGCUGUAGAGCAAUCAGCAGGAACAUUCCAUUGGUUUCCAUGGUGAUUGUUUCAGCUGUAGAGGAAUCAGCGGGAACAUUCCAUUGGUUCCCAUGGUGAUUGUAUCAGCUGUAGAGUAAUCAGGAACAUUCCAUUGGUUCCCAUGGUAAUUUUAUCAGCUGUAGAGCAAUCAGCGGGAACAUUCCAUUGGUUUCCAUGGUGAUUGUUUCAGCUGUAGAGCAAUCAGCAGGAACAUUUCAUUGGUUUCCAUGGUGAUUGUAUCAGCUGUGGAGCAAUCAGCAGGAACAUUCCAUUGGUUCCCAUGGUGAUUGUAUCAGCUGUAGAGCAAUCAGCGGGAACAUUUCAUUUGUUUCCAUGGUGAUUGUAUCAGCUGUAGAGCAAUCAGCGGGAACAUUCCAUUUGUUUCCAUGGUGAUUGUAUUAGCUGUAGAGCAAUCAGCGGGAACAUUCCAUUGGUUUCCAUGGUGAUUGUAUCAGCUGUAGAGCAAUCAGCAGGAACAUUCCAUUGGUUUCCAUGGUGAUUGUAUCAGCUGUAGAGCAAUCAGCGGGAACAUUCCAUUGGUUCCCAUGGUGAUUGUAUCAGCUGUAGAUCAAUCAGCAGGAACAUUCCAUUGGUUCCCAUGGUGAUUGUAUUAGCCGUAGAGCAAUCAGCAGGAACUUUCUAUUGGUUUCCUUGGUGAUUGUUCGUACUGAUUGCUUUAGUAGUGAAUCAUCCUACUGGUUUCCUUUGGUCAUUGCGACAGUGUAAGAAUUUUACAUCUGAAUUGUUCUUUGUAAAUAACCUUCAUUAUUUAAUUUUUGCACCUAUUAUUCUCAUUUGUAAACAAGUUGUUUUUGCUACCACUUUAUGGUGCAUCCCUUUUUUCUACCAGGUUAGUGGGGUUUGUUCAUUUAUAUUCCUGCUCUUUUGACCCGCUGGAUUAAUGUGUAGUUAUCAUGACCUCAGCCAAAGCAAAGUAUACAUUUAUAUACGAAGCUAAAAAGCCACAAUAAGUAGUUUGAAUUGUCAGUCUAAGCUCAAAGACAACUUUGUCAGUCUGUCUUUCUGUUGUGUAUGGACGCGUGUAUAUAUCAGAAUUUGUUUUUUGAUCAAUUCUAUCUUCUUACUGUCUAGUAUUCUGGUGUGGCUGUAUUUAGCAGUGAGUAAGCAUGUUAUUUGGGGAAGUUAAAUGAGCUGUUUUAGUUGGUUGAUUUCGGUAGGGAGUGCAUCAUUGAAAUGCUCUGUAGGGAUUAUGAAGGCCCCCAUUCACAUCUAAAGCAGAGCUUUCUCUAAGCUUGAUACUGGCUGUGUUCCACCAGCACAAGUUUACUUAAGUUUCAACUCAGAAAAUACUGUUCUUUUGUACGAAAAUUGCCUGUUUGAGCGAUUUAAGGUUUCUGUACCGGCAUCAUAGUCAUUGGCCUUGUGCUGCCUGCUAUAUUGCUUGUAUAUAUUAUGGGGCAUUUAAUUCUGUAACUGUUUGAGGUUCUUUAUUAUUUCUGUGAAUUGGCAACAGUACAUUAUUGGAUUGCAAAGUGUGUGAGAUGUAGAACACAUGUAGGUUAAAAACACUAUUUGACAAAUCAAUUUUUACAAACUGCCCAUACUGACAUUGCUUAGCUUAUUAAAAUUAAAAUAUUAUGUUCGCUUGUUUUAGAACCCCUGAUUGUUAAGUUUUUGUUACAAUCUUCAUGUGACAUCCUAACUUGAUUGUAACAUAGUAUUUGGUCACAAAGGGUCUGCACUUUCUGUUUCUCAUUGUGUUUUAGCCACUUGUACUGCUUUUUACUCCGCAAUAUAAUCCAACACAAAUGUAUCUGUGUGUAUGCUGGUUAAGGAAGCCAGUUUGAAGGAUUAUUACACCAUUUAUUUCCCCCCUUCUAAAGCUGGCUGAAAAACAUGGCUGACACCAUCCCUUGAUUUUUAUUUAUUUUUUUAAAUAUGACACUAGUUUCUAAAUUACAAAAUCCAACAACUUUUCCUGUCUUUAAACGUAUUAUCGAUAAUUUAGCUUCACUGAUUCAGGUUCAUGUAGGUAUUCCAUGUAUUGGGGAGUAGUAAGAAGUGCUAGUAUUGCAGGUAGGGAUAAAUAUCCUAAUGAGAUGGCCAGGGGAUCCCAUGUUAGUCUGUAGUAUUGCAGGUAGGGAUAUAUAUCCUAAUGAGACAGCCAGGGGACCCCAUGUUAGUCUGUAGUAUUGCAGGUAGGGAUAUAUAUCCUAAUGAGAUGGACAGGGGAUCCCAUGUUGGUCUGUAGUAUUGCAGGUAGGGAUAUAUAUCCUAAUGAGACGGCCAGGGGAUCUCCUGUUAGUCUGUAGUAUUGCAGGUAGGGAUAUAUAUCCUAAUGAGAUGGCCAGGGGAUCCCAUGUUAGUCUCUAGUAUUGCAGUUAGGGAUAUAUAUCCUAAUGACACGGACAGGGGACCCCAUGUUAGUCUCUAGUAUUGCAGGUAGGGAUAUGUAUCCUAAUGAGACGGCCAGGGGACCCCAUGUUAGUCUGUAGUAUUGCAGGUACGGAUAUAUAUCCUAAUGACACGGCUAGGGGAUCCCAUGUUAGUCUCUAGUAUUGCAGUUAGGGAUAAAUAUCAUAAUGAGAUGGACAGGUGAUCCCAUGUUAGUAUGUAGUAUUGCAGGUAGGGAUAUAUAUCCUAAUGAGAUGGACAGGUGAUCCCAUGUUAGUAUGUAGUAUUGGAGGUAGGGAUAUAAAUCCUAAUGAUAUGGACAGGUGAUCCCAUGUUAGUAUGUAGUAUUGGAGGUAGGGAUAUAUAUCCUAAUGAGAUGGACAGGUGAUCCCAUGUUAGUAUGUAGUAUUGCAGGUAGGGAUAUAUAUCCUAAUGAGAUGGGCAGGUGAUCCCAUGUUAGUAUGUAGUAUUGGAGGUAGGGAUAUGUAUCCUGAGAUGGACAGGUGAUCCCAUGUUAGUCUCUAGUAUUGCAGGUAGGGAUAAAUAUCCUAAUGAGAUGGACAGGUGAUCCCAUGUUAGUCUGUAGUAUUGCAGGUAGGGAUAUAUAUCCUAAUGAGAUGGACAGGUGAUCCCAUGUUAGUAUGUAGUAUUGGAGGUAAGGAUGUAUAUCCUAAUGAGAUGGACAGGUGAUCCCAUGUUAGUCUGUAGUAUUGCAGGUAGGGAUAUAUAUCCUAAUGAGAUGGGCAGGUGAUCCCAUGUUAGUAUGUAGUAUUGGAGGUAGGGAUAUAUAUCCUAAUGAGAUGGACAGGUGAUCCCAUGUUAGUAUGUAGUAUUGGAGGUAGGGAUAUAUAUCCUAAUGAGAUGGGCAGGUGAUCCCAUGUUAGUAUGUAGUAUUGGAGGUAGGGAUAUAUAUCCUAAUGAGAUGGGCAGGUGAUCCCAUGUUAGUCUGUAGUAUUGGAGGUAGGGAUAUGUAUCCUGAGAUGGACAGGGGACCCCAUGUUAGUCUCUAGUAUUGCAGGUAGGGAUAUGUAUCCUAAUGAGACGGCCAGGGGACCCCAUGUUAGUCUGUAGUAUUGCAGGUACGGAUAUAUAUCCUAAUGACACGGCUAGGGGAUCCCAUGUUAGUCUCUAGUAUUGCAGUUAGGGAUAAAUAUCAUAAUGAGAUGGACAGGUGAUCCCAUGUUAGUAUGUAGUAUUGCAGGUAGGGAUAUAUAUCCUAAUGAGAUGGACAGGUGAUCCCAUGUUAGUAUGUAGUAUUGGAGGUAGGGAUAUAAAUCCUAAUGAUAUGGACAGGUGAUCCCAUGUUAGUAUGUAGUAUUGGAGGUAGGGAUAUAUAUCCUAAUGAGAUGGACAGGUGAUCCCAUGUUAGUAUGUAGUAUUGCAGGUAGGGAUAUAUAUCCUAAUGAGAUGGGCAGGUGAUCCCAUGUUAGUAUGUAGUAUUGGAGGUAGGGAUAUGUAUCCUGAGAUGGACAGGUGAUCCCAUGUUAGUCUCUAGUAUUGCAGGUAGGGAUAAAUAUCCUAAUGAGAUGGACAGGUGAUCCCAUGUUAGUCUGUAGUAUUGCAGGUAGGGAUAUAUAUCCUAAUGAGAUGGACAGGUGAUCCCAUGUUAGUAUGUAGUAUUGGAGGUAAGGAUGUAUAUCCUAAUGAGAUGGACAGGUGAUCCCAUGUUAGUCUGUAGUAUUGCAGGUAGGGAUAUAUAUCCUAAUGAGAUGGGCAGGUGAUCCCAUGUUAGUAUGUAGUAUUGGAGGUAGGGAUAUAUAUCCUAAUGAGAUGGACAGGUGAUCCCAUGUUAGUAUGUAGUAUUGGAGGUAGGGAUAUAUAUCCUAAUGAGAUGGGCAGGUGAUCCCAUGUUAGUAUGUAGUAUUGGAGGUAGGGAUAUAUAUCCUAAUGAGAUGGGCAGGUGAUCCCAUGUUAGUCUGUAGUAUUGCAGGUAGGGAUAUAUAUCCUAAUGAGAUGGGCAGGUGAUCCCAUGUUAGUAUGUAGUAUUGCAGGUAGGGAUAUAUAUCCUAAUGAGACGGCCAGGGGAUCCCAUGUUAGUCUCUAGUAUUGCAGUUAGGGAUAAAUAUCAUAAUGAGAUGGCCAGGGGAUUCCAUGUUAGUCUGUAGUAUUGCAGGUAGGGAUAUAUAUCCGAAUGAGACGGCCAGGGGAUCCCAUGUUAGUAUGUAGUAUUGCAGGUAGGGAUAUAUAUCCUAAUGAGACGGCCAGGGGAUCCCAUGUUAGUUUCUAGUAUUGCAGUUAGGGAUAAAUAUCAUAAUGAGAUGGCCAGGGGAUUCCAUAUUAGUCUGUAGUAUUGCAGGUAGGGAUAUAUAUCCUAAUGAGACGGCCAGGGGAUCCCAUGUUAGUCUGUAGUAUUGCAGGUAGGGAUAUAUAUCCUAAUGAGAUGGACAGGUGAUCCCAUGUUAGUAUGUAGUAUUGCAGGUAGGGAUAUAUAUCCUAAUGAGAUGGACAGGUGAUCCCAUGUUAGUAUGUAGUAUUGGAGGUAGGGAUAUAUAUCCUAAUGAGACGGCCAGGGGACCGCAUGUUAGUCUGUAGUAUUGCAGGUAGGGAUAUAUAUCAUAAUAAGAUGGCCAGGGGAUCCCAUGUUAGUCUCUAGUAUUGUAGGUAGGGAUAUAUAUCCUAAUGAGAUGGCCAGGUGAUCCCAUGUUAGUCUGUAGUAUUGCAUGUAGGGAUAUAUAUCCUAAUGAGAUGGCCAGGUGAUCCCAUGUUAGUCUGUAGUAUUGCAUGUAGGGAUAUAUAUCCUAAUGAGAUGGCCAGGUGAUCCCAUGUUAGUCUGUAGUAUUACAGGUAAUGAUGUGUGUCAUGAUGAGACGGCCAGGUAAUCCCAUGUUAGUCUGUAGUAUUGCAGGUAGUGAUGUGUAUCAUGAUAAGACGGUCAGGUGAUCCCAUGUUAGUCUAUAGUAUUGCAGGUAGGGUAUAAAUAUAGAUAUCAUAACAAGACGGCCAGGAUAUUCCAUGUUAACCUGUAAUAUUGCCAGUACAGAGAUAUAUCCUAACGAGACGGACAGGUGAUCCCACGUUGGUCUGUAAUAUUGCAGGUAGGGAUAUAUAUCAUAAUGAGACGCUCAGGUGAUCCCAUGUUCGCCUUCUGUUGGAGCGUCUAGGUUUAGAAGGAGCCAUGUUGAAGUAGAAAUGAAUGUUAGGAGCCGAUAUAUCAUCUGUCCGUAGACACUUUAAAACCUUUUUUUGACUAUUUUAAUUCAUUUUCAAAGGAAAAGGGGUGAGGGUACAGAAGAAGAAAAGAAAGGCUACAGAAAGAAGAAGGGGAAUAAACAAGUACCAGCAGUUGUACAAUCACAUUUAAUGUUCAAUCGUACUGUGAUGCAUGUGCACCAUCUUUAGACACGAUAUAUUAAGUUGUACUGUAGUGGGGGAGCGGGCAGACGUACACUCCUUCUAGAUAGCAUUGCACCGUUUCUGUAAUAAAGCAUUUCCUACUCUACUCAUUGCCUCCCACGGGUGUUCAGUCCUAGACUCCAGAACACAGCCCUCAUACUGAAUUUGUAUCCCGUUCUGGUGCUCCCAUAACAAGUGGAUCUCUCCCUGACAGUUGGACAAGUGUCUAGAUCUACAUUAUUGAUCAGGGUGCACCCAUCUCCACUUAUCCCAUGCCGCCAGUGCCAUGUGUGUGAGGUGGCAGACAUUACUAAAGCAGUGUUCAUAUAUGUGUUGUUUAUCUAAUUCCCCUAAUAGAGGGGUUAUUGAUGGUGGGUAUGAGGACUUCCAGGCCCUGGCUAUCAACCGUUGUGCUGUGAGCAACACGUGAUGGAUCAGUUUUUGGUUAUAUUUAGGCACGCCAACCAGAAUGUGCAGCAACAGAUAAGUAAGUGGGUGAAAAGGCAGCGAAAAAUCUCUGAUCUCUAUCAAGAGGGCAUGGACCGAUUCCCAAAACUUUACAGUUAUUGGACACUGCCAUCAAAUGUGUAAUACUGUACUGUUCUCUCGUUUACAUCUCCAACACAGCAGCGAGCUAUUAGGGAAUACUAUUGUGUAUCUGCCCUGGUGCCAUGUACCACCUGUACACCAUUUUCCGCUGUUGCUCCAUAAGGGUAGUGGAUUUAACAUGCUUUUUGGAGGAAUUAAAGAUGGUUUCCCAUUGUAGUUUAGUGACCACACAGUCUAAGUUGAUAGCCAGUCAUAUGGUAGUCUUGAAGUCAGGGAACGGCAAGAACUCUAGUAGCAGUUUGUAGCACAUGGAAAUAGCUUUGCAAAGGGAUUUCAAUCUCCUAUUAAUAUUAAUUUAAUUAAUGUGCUUUAAAAAUUAACGCACUUGCAUGUAGGAAAAGUGGGUGGUCUCUGGGAGAUCGUAUGUAGCUUGGAGUGCAGAGAAGGUUAGGAUAUGUUUCUGGGAAUAGAAUUGGUAGAGGUGAGGAACUACCCUCUCAUGCCACGGCUUUGCAUGGAAGGUAGGGAUGCAAUACGGAAGGGCCAAUGUAGGGGUUGCUAAAGACACUAGGCCGGAUUUGCUCAAUAUGGAUCUGUGUCUAUCCUAUACCUGCAUAGUGAGUUUUACUUGUGAAGGUGUGUCUUGAAGGGGUGGUCAAAGCUAACGAGGCAACGACCGAUUUUACUAGGAAGGUCAAGUUGAACUAAUGCUCUCUCCAAGACUACCCACUGAGGCGGAGGUUGAUCUGGAAAAUACGGUAAGGCCAAGGCCAGGAUCAUUGCAUAAUAGUAUGUUUUUACCUGGGGAACCGCUAACACCCCUUCAUGAAGUGGGGCGUUCAGAAGUUUCAUUGCUACUCUGGGACUGCCCCCCACCCAAAUAAAUUUUGUCAUGUUCGCUUGAAUGUUUUUAAAGUAGGAGUGUGGGGAGGACAGUGGAAGAGUGCGGAAAACAUUGUAGUAACGGAAGUAUUGACAUUUUGAGAGCUACUAUCCGCUCGCUCGGAAACAUUGUCUUCCACUGAGCAAGAGUUUUUUGCAGUCAUUCCAGACUUUAAUAUAGUUCCCUUAGCAGAGGUCGGAAACCUUUUUUGUUAACCUCAAUCCCAGGUAUUUUAUACUAUCUCUCCUCCAUUCAAAUAGUUAUUUUUGUCUGAGCCCUUCCAUGUCUAGUGCGGGAAUCCCUAAUCCUAGUGCCUGGGUUUUAGAGGUGUUUAGGGAGUAAUAGGACUGAUGGCCGUAGUCCUGUAUUAAAGUCAUAAGAGAAAUGACCCCCGGCUGGUUCCCCGGAGGUGCUCCAGAAUCAGUGAAAGUUUUUUUGGUGUUGUCCAAUCCUUGCCUCCCCAGAACAAAUCCUGUUUGGUCAUCCGCAAUGAGGGAUGGUAGUAUGGUGCCAGGUCUGUUGGCCAAGAUUUUUGCGUAUAGUUUGGCAUCUGAAUUGAGUAGGGAGAUGGGGCGAUAGUUUUUUUUUUUUUUUUUGCACUCAUCUGGGGACUUGUCUGGUUUCGGUAUGGUGACAAUAGUAGCAAGCAACAUUUCCAGCGGGAGGGUUCCUGUAGCCGUGGCUGUAUGAAAAACCUUUAGCAGGUGGGGAGCUAAAACCGCUGCGUACCUCUUGUAAUAAGAGUUGGGCAGGCCGUCUGCCCCUGGUGAUUUUCCUGAGGGGUAGCCCUUUGAUCGCGGCGAUGAUUUCCCCACGAGAGAUCGGUUAUCUCAAUCCCUCCGCCUAAGUUAUGGUAAGCUGGGGAGACAGAUUUUCGCCAGAUAGUUGAAGAUCGACCUCUCCGUAGGAUUAGACACCCUAUCAUCAUGUUUGAGAUUAUAACAUUUCGAGUAGAAAUUUGCAAAUUCGUGGCAUAUGUCACUGGGGUUUAGUUUUUUAUGGCAGUCUUCCCCUGUGAGGUGGGCAAUCUUUGUGUACAUGUACUUUGUUGUGAUAUACAUUUGCCUGUAGUUUAUACAGGAAAAAUUUGGUCUUUUCAGAAUUCAACUCUGUCAACCAGGCAUACAGUUCUUUCAAAUUUCUAGCUAACUCCACAGUAGGGUGGGCUUUAUUAAGGUUGGAAGUCACGGCUAUGUGUUUAUGGCAGUCUAACAGGCUCAAUUGGCCCCCAAGGGGCCUAAUAAUUAUCCAUGUCACAGAAUUAGGUAUGGUAUUUAUAUGCUGUGGUGCCUCUUUUUUUUUUUUUUUAUUAUUCUAGUUUAUUUUUUUGUAUUUCAGUUAUUGAAAAAAAAAUGUAUAUGUAUUUUUUUAAAUGUAUUUUUUGUGUUUUAUUCUUUUUAUAGGAAAUAACAGUUUGUAGGUUAGUCCCCCUCUUGUUUCCCGUUAACUUUGAGGUAAUGGGCAUAUCCUGCAACACAUGACAACCCAUCCACAUCCCCCCAGUGCCCCAGACCCACCAUUAACUACCCUACCUACCUAUCCCUAUGGCCACAAGGCGGGCAUAUAACUCUGCACACUAAACCCGAUUUAACAUAUUAUAAGAAACAGAAAAAACAUAUGAAGGAUACUCAAGUGUGGGUAGUAGCUCUGUCGGAAGCCCUUAAGCCCGUUCUCCAGUCAGUCUUAGACGUUAGGUAGCAGUCCACUCUGGGGACAUCCUAGGGACCUGAGAGGGCUUCGCCUGUGCAGCUUUUGGUACUGGUAGGCCCCAUUCUUUCAGCCUUUUUAUGCCCACCACCACUGUUGGCACCGCAUGAAGGCUGUCACGGUGGUACACUAGUAGCUUCGCUGGGUACCUCCAGCGGUAGUUGACAUUCUGUGCUCUGAGGAUUGUCGUAAUGGGUGAAAUACUCUUCCGGAAGAGGAGUGUUGCGGCUGAGAGCUCCGCGAAGACUUUGUUGUCCUUAUACAGUUCCGGCAUAUCAGGGUUCCUGAUAUGAGCCAUCUUUAGGAGGGCUCCGGCCUUUCCUGCGCCUUCUGGGUAGAAGGUCUAGUUAGAAAGAAGGAGGCUCGUUCCGUCUUAGUUGCCUUGUUCUUUUGCCUCUGAGACAUGGUGUAGUUGGGAACUCACUGCUUGAGUCUGUUAUUGCUCAGUAGACCGCUUAUUGUUGGCUCCUAGGCACCUGAAUUUCGGGAGCUUCACAAACGUGUGUCCAUGCAGUUCAGGCUCCAAGCCACGCCCCCUGUAGACACUUGUAACUGUUUGGAUCAUUAUAAAUAACUUAUUGCCCAUUGGAGGAAUAUCACAAUUUACCAUUUUAUAUGUGGAGAUGACAGUCCAAAGCAUUUUACUUCAUGCCAGUUUCCCUAAAUCGAUGAUUAACAGAUAGUGUUCUUUUCCUCUUAUUGGCAUGCUAAACAUGUAUACCAAUACUGAUAGAAAGUAGCUGCUUUUAGCUUUAGAUCUGAGCAGCCUAAUCCCAGGUCUGCUGUGUGAGAGUUAAUUGAAUGUCUAUUUAGCGUCUGGCUGGCUGCAGUUGGCACAGCUUCUAUUUCACUUCACCGAUAAGCAAUGCUGCUCGUUUAACCCUUUCCUACCUGUUGUGGUUUGUUGGAAGCAGUUACGGCAUUGUUAAUUUUUGCUUGUUUUUGGCAUACAGUCUUGCUCUGCAUUCCUCGGAUACUUGGUUGGCUUUGGAAAAUGGCCUGAUUUCCCUCAAGUGGGCGAUGUAACAGUUUUCAUGACCAGUAGAGAUUGCCGCAUAUAGUUUCAUUAGAGUUCAGGAUGCCUAGGCAGUCUUGUUUUUUUUUUGGUAGAUUGUGUAUGUGUGUGUGUGUAUACCUAUAAAUAAGAAAACAAUUGGUCUUUGCAGAACCUCUUAUGAUCUCUGAUACCAUUGAUUUCUCCUUUCUGUGUCAUUUACAAAAAAACUAAAUAAAGAUUGCCAAAAAAGAAAUAUACUUGCUUAUGUGAAAAGGCCCAGUUCAUGGACCCCCUGACUGUUAGACUUAUGGGAAUGAAGUACCUUGAUAGGGAGCAGAAUCCCUGGCUGAUUAACGUCCAUGGGGUACAGAAAUGAAUCCAGACCUAGGCCAUCAAAUCCUUGUGCUGCAUACCCGUGAUGAUCUAUCUGCAGCAUAACCACUGUUGUGGACAGCAAUUCUCAUAAAGCUUAACCAGCCAAAUGUAACACUAAAUCAUUCACAGCUUUAUCAAUCACUGGUUUAUCCUAGAACAGGGGUAGGCAACCUACGGCACUAGUGCCAUGCACAGCACUCGAGGUGUCUUUGCACGGCGCUCAAGGCUACAAGAGCCAAACAGGCUCUGGCCUGUCAGGAGUCCCAGUGAAACUUCAGAUAUCUGCUAAUACGGAAAGGUGGUGAAGGACAAUCCUCCAUUUAUGCAUUGCAGCACGUAGAGGAAGUGAUCUCAGAUCACUUCCUCCCAGCACUUGUAAAUGGGAAUCCACACUGGAGUAGAACAGCCCACAGCUUCCUGUUGCAGCUUCUGUCCUUGAGCUGUACCUGGCCAGCCUGGUCUCCACUAAAACCCAGGGAAGCCUCAGAGCUGCAGAAUAACCCUCCCCUCAUACAAAUAAUACAAACACACACACACACAGUCCACACAAACACAACACCACCAACAAUCAACAUGCAUGCACACAACCCCACGUGCAGCCUCUCACAUGCCAUACCCCAAACAGCCCCACACAUACACACACUACCAAAUACACAAUAUAACAUAUCCAUCCACACACAAUUCCACAAGCAGCCCCCAUACACAUUCAUAGGUAUCAUACACAGCACCACAAACUACUUGUAAACAUAUACAAUAUAAUAGCUCAUAUACGCACAAAUACAACGAUACAAAGCAACUGCAGUAUAAAUAACACAAGCAGAAUAUGGCAGCAUACACACCUCAAUUUAAAGAAAUCGGACCGACACGCUACGGGACAUCACAAUCCUAUUUCGGCACAGUGCUGCUAAAAGGUUGCCUACCCCUGUCCUAGAAGGAGUAGGUGGCAGUAUCCUCUAGCAACCAUUAGUGAUAAUAGCAGGGUCUGCUGUGAAUGUACAGUGAAUGUACCAUCAUUUCACUAUUCCUGUCACCACCAAAAAGGCUGUUUUUGUCUGUUUGUGUCUCGAAGAUAAUUCCUACCUUUAGUCACCCAUUAAUAUUUGAUGGAUGUGCAUGUAUGUGGAGAUAUAUAUAAUUUAUUUAACAUUUUCAAAAACUGAUGCAGAAUAGGACACAAUGCAUUAAGGUAAAUUGUUUAUAUAUGUAAUUAACCUCAGGGAAACUGCAUGAUGAAAUAUCAGCAAAGUUACAGUGUGUUCCCAUAACGGUUGUACUGUUUACUACUGCGUGAGAACAUAGAGACUCCAAUAGUACAGUAUCACAGUCCUAUAUACAUAGUACACUGUCAGUAGAAAUGGUGUAUGUGUUAACACUGGGCAAGCAUUUGUUUUAAUUAUUUAUGUAAGAGAACACAAAUAUUGGCCUAAAAAAGGAAUGUCAAGUAAUAACUCUAAAUUAUGGAAAAUAGUAUUAUUAGCUGGGGCCAAAAUAGAGGAGUUUUGGACACUUUUUGUAAAUGAACGGCACCUUUCCUUUUCAGCUCCGUUCUUCAUUAAUUCUCCUCUCUUUGUUUGGUCUGCGCAAGCAGGGAAGUUUACCACAUUGGCUAUUUUUACUAGACUGCUCUCAUUUGUACAUUUUGCCAGGUGAUGGAUAAAUAGCGCUGUGCAGAUAAUUCAUUUGUAGAGAGAACAUGUAGGAACCAGUGUGAAAACAUGAAUUGUACGUACAGCCAACAGCAUCUUUCAAUAGGCCCCUUAUCAGCAGUGUGUAACCAGUGAGAGAUCUCGGCAUGGCUGAAAUGUACCUCACUAGCUGUGCUGUACUGUAACUGUACACUCUGAUCCUCACCAAAAGCUUAGAUCAAAUAAUGAUUGAUCAGUUCAUCAAAAGCUGGAGACUGCUGGUUUGAUAUGGCCAUCUCCCAAAAAUAAUGAUGUAAUCAAAGGCUAUGUCUGGAAAGACUAUACUCCACACGCACAGCUUAUGUGAACAAAUAAAAUCUAACAAUAAACCUGAAUAGUAAACUGUAUUACUGGGCUUCAGAGUGGCAGUACUCCACGUUAAAAGAAAAGUAAUAGACCGGCCCAGUUCAGGAACACAGAGAGUACAAAAAUCGAUAAGACAAGCCAAGGUUCAAGGUUAGAGAAAGGAGAAUAGUGCAUAAACAAGCCAAAGUCAAAAUAUUGAGAAAUAGCAAUGCUCUCUCGAUAACCCCUAGACAAACCACGACUGAGCACAGAGAAAUAAUCAAAAGGAGCGUAUAUAGCCCUAGGAGGUCAGUAAUUGGUUAAUGGAUGUCAUGUGAUGACAUAUGCACAUUUGUAUUGUUUAAUGGACCUGGGAAGGAUUUGCUAUGUAAGGGCCUCGAUUUGCAGUGGUCACAAUCAGGCCAAAUGCCAGAGUAGAUUAAAGAUACAGGGGACAGAGGCAGGAGUGGCACAAGCAUCAGGCGAACCAGCAGGCUCUGUGACCGGUAAUAAGGGACCUUGGAAUGGAUGUUGCCCACAAAGGUGUAUGGCAAUCUGACUCCUAGAAUAGGUCAUAACUUCCAUCUUGUGAUGUAAUCCUAUUAAAUCGAUUCUCUGCAUGUGAAACGCACAGGAACUCUGCCAUGUGUAGCUGACUAGUCUUGCAAGUUGCAGCCAGCCCUGUGUUUAAUAGCGUAGUAAUUAACAGGUAAAUAACAAGUUAGUGAUUAGAUGGUAGUCUGAUAAACACAACUCACAUAUCCAAAUACGAGCUGCACUUAGAGACAGUUUCAUGCCAUCAAGAUUCUUCCUUGUUGGUUAUCUGUUACAGCCAUGUAUCUAUCACCUGCUUCCUCAGCUGGUCUUUCACGAUUUAAUCACCUACAUCCAGCUACUCAAUUAAGGGAAAUAUCAAUCUGCUAUAGAACCACUGCAUUACAGUGUGCACUGCACUUUACAAAGAUUACAACAUUUAUCAUUAAAGGAAAUACAUUUUUAAAAUAACUGCUAAAUCUCCAUUUGUUGUUGGUUUUUUUUUUUGUUUGUUUGGUAUUUUUUUUUUUCAUUCUCAAUCUGUUAAAGAAGAAAUAAAUCAAUUUUAAAAAACGGCAACUAAUCGCAGUUAUUAUUUUUUUUUUUUUUUUUGUUCAGUGUGAUAGAUCCUAGUUGGUACCCUGCAGCACUAUGCAUUUUGGCUGUAAUCCCUGUGUUUCUGCAUGCCUGGUAUGGUGCCCAUUUUGCUGAAUGAAGAAAUCUCCUCCUCCCUGUUGGCCUACUCUCACAACAAACCUCGCAAACAGAUCUGGUGCACAGUUUGUGGUACUAUUGGCUUUGCUGUUCCACACUUGCCUGUCUGGUGUCCUUUUUUUACUCUUACCAAUCUUACCGUGCUCGUGCCAAUGCCAUUAGCAAGUUAAUGCAUUAAGGGAAUGGACUUAGUUUGUUUACAGGUAUACCAUUUCAUGGUUAAACUGAUUCUACUAACCACAAAGCUGUGUGGACAUCUGGAAUUUAUUUCACUUCCUGAAAAACUAGCCAUCACUGUGAUUGUUUCUGCUAUAUCGCUCAGUGCUUCACUGGGAAUCUCCUUGAUUAUUGGAAUAGAGUCUGCCCAUCCUGGUUGGUGACUUAUUGGCCAACUUAACCACCACAAUCUAGAAACUUUGUCUAUGAUCUACUGGGAUAAUUCUCACCACAGUCUCAAACCAAUGGUUCGUGAUUCACUGCGCAACUUCCCACCACAAUUUCCAAGCCUGUUUAAGGUCUAUUUUGCCGAUUUCUUACAUAGUCUCCAAGCUCUGAUUUGAGAACCACUGUGAUUGGAUGGGUAAAUGUGAUAAGUUUGGCGCCUUUAAUUUGAUUGGUGAAUGUGACUAGUUUGGGGUAAAAUUAAAUGAUGAAUGUAACUGUAGGUAGUUGCAUGGGUGUGUAUAUGUGUGGUUUUGUAUGUUAGUUGGAAUGCCCUUUGUGGGGUUGCGUGUGUGCAGGUGGUUGUUGUGUUGCAUUUGUGGGAGUAGCUACUUGUGGCAUUGCUUGUUUCAGAAUUGUAUGUGGUGCUAUCCUGCUUUAGUGUGUGGUUUGGGCUGUUUGCAAUGUAGUAUAUGUGUGUGCGCAAGUAAAUGGAGGCUGAAUGUGGAUAGGGGCUCUAGUGUGUGUGUGUUUAAGAGGAUUAAGGCUUUGUGUUUUUAAGGGGAUAGGGGUUGCAGUAUUUGUGGGAGAGAAAUGGUGAUGUAGAUUGUGGUAAAUUAGAGUUAUAGUGUAUGUUUGCAGGGGUUAUGGGCUGUAGUGUGGGUUUGGGAGGAAUUAGGUAGAUAGCAGCUGUAGUGUUGGGAUAAAGGCUGUGUGGGUGUAAAUAUAGGCAUACAGAUACACAAUCCGGUAGACCAAGAAAACCCUCACAUAUGGAGACAUACCUUUAAAGUGACACAGAUACACUCACAGACUUAUGUCACUCACAAACUCCGACACGGUCACACACAAUAAUACAAUUAGACACAUACACUCACAUUCACAGCUACGAUACACCCUCUGCUCUUGUCCUCCCACCCUUGUGCCUCUCCAGUAGUCCCUGUUCAGCAUACCUGAUAGAUUGACAGUCCUUUCAGUCUGCAUGCUGCUUCACAGCGCUCUGCGUGUGAGGAGAGAGUGGGGAAUGUGAUGUCACCAUGCAGGGAGAAUGCAACAGUGAACCCCGGGAGUGGCCGCCACUACCAUGGUCUUGUUUGCCACUGUGGCUCGGUCAUGGGGGCUAAUUAUAGCAGGCAGACCUGGGGCCACGCUGAUUGACAUGGCGUUUGUUGACUCAAUCAGUACUAGAUUAAAAGAAAAAGGGGGUGGGGCAAGUGCAUAGCAAAAUGACAGCUUAUAGGGGUAGGUGCUGCCCCUAUCCCCCUUGCCAUCUAAGCCCGUGGCUUCAAUGGCCUUGUGGCAAAUCCAGGCCUGGUCAAACCUGCCAGUUCUGCUACAGGUUGUGAUUGCAGCCAGGGUUCUCAAAGUCUCCUUUAUAUAUUUGUUUUCUACAUUGCUGUGUGCCGUGCUUUGAAUAUGUUGGUAGUUACAUACAGGAAAACACAUUUAAACUAUGUCUGUCUUGAACCAAUGCGAUAACCUGCACUCAUAUCUUCAUUGUUAAAUCUACCUGUACUGGGGAUAACCUGUUUUGGGUUGUAAUUCCAAUAAUCCUCUUCUAGGCAAAACUGUGGUGAGUGAAUUAGUGGCAAGUCAGGCCAUGUUUUUAUGGUGGCGAUAUCAUAGGUUAUGGUAAACAAAUGGCUCAUUAUAAUUUUGUAGGAUUGAUUUUUCACAGACAGGUUGGUAGAGUAACAUAAUACAGUGUGAAGAGAAACCAGACUAAGAGAGAAAUUAAAUUCUGGACACUUUCCCCCAAGGUCAGGCAGCACAUUUCAUGCAAAUUGAAUGUUUCCUUAUUUUCCUAUCCCCUGCAAAUCCACUGAAGUCAAGGCAGAUUCUGCAGAUGCCUGAAGUACAGAGAACGUUCAGGGACAGGAGGAAUCAUGGGAAGCAUCUGCAGAUUUACAUAAAUAGCAAGAAAAUAUGAGCAGAAGUUAUUCAAAGCAUGCCACAUGUUUUGCAACAGUUCUGGGCUCUAGGCUCUGCUGCCCUCUUGUUCUUUGCUAACAUUGCCUUCUAGGGUUGGCCAGAUAAUUGUUGGGGUUGGUCUGCAAUACACGUUUAUGACAUAGAUUAUUGAACAUUACAUAUGGCUGCCACUUUGUUAGUUGACAUUGAUAUUUGUUGCAUUUUUCUUUCCCCGGUAGAAGACUUUUUCCAGUUUAAUGCUGUAUUUUUUAAACAAAUGAGCACAAUUAAAAUAUGGAUAUGUCCCCUGCAUUGUAUCUCUGGUGCCGACACACUACGAGUCUGAGUUUGUCAAGUCAAAGCAAUCAGUGUUUGUAAAUUGUAUUGAUCGCCUGCACGUCAGUUAGUAAUCUGUACCUGGAAAUCUUGAAGGAAUGGCAGAGAAUAGUCUGAAACUGAAAGAUUAAUAUUGUAUAGCCUUGGAAUGUCCUGUAAAAUGACUCCGCUGAGAACAAAGGUAACAGCCUAGGCAUGCCACUCUCACCAUGAAGAUUGCUGCAUCCCAGCCUGUGAGAUGGCUCAUACAGUUAAUGCACCCGUUGGAGCACCUGUUAAAUCUUGAGUUCACAUCUUCGGUUUUUCUGUCGGAAAUUUAAAGUCAGACUUUUGCAGUCUAUAAAAGAAGUAUCAGUGAACUGGGAACUUGUAGCCUCUGUCAGCUGCUGAAUCUGUUAGUCUGUAAAUCCUACACUUCAUGUAACUUGUUAAAAACGUUAAACAUUUCCUAAAAAUCUUUAUCUUUCACCGGAGACAGGCUCUACAUGAGCCUUAUAUUGUAAUGUGUGUCUUAGUCCCUAGUCUGUCUGAAGCAAACGUAUCGUGCCGAGUCCUUGAUUUGCUGUGAGACCCAUUCAACUAGAUUACACAGGUUUUUAAAAAAAUCAAUGAUUUAUUCAUUAUCCUCUCACCAAUCAGAUUCCAGUCCAAUACGAUACUCGCCAAGUCAAGAGGCAGGAGCAGAGUAUGGACAUCCAAUGUCUUGCUAAGUUACAGGAAUCCUCAGACUCUCUGGUGGGAGUAUAAUCAUCAAAUAGUCAUUAAAGGAACACUAUAGUCACCUAAAUUACUUUAGCUAAAUAAAGCUUUUAGUUUUAGUGUAUAGAUCAUUCCCCUGCAAUGUCACUGCUCAAUUCACUGUCAUUUAGAAGUUAAAUCACUUUGUUUCUGUUUAUGCAGCCCUAGCCACACCUCCCCUGGCUAUGAUUGACAGAGCCUGCAUGAAAAAAAUCUGGUUUCACUUUCAAACACAUGUAAUUUACCUUAACUAAUUGUAUCUCAAUCUCUAAAUUAAACUUUAAUCACAUACAGGAGGCUCUUGCAGGGUCUAUCAAGCUAUUAACAUAGCAGGGGAUAAGAAAAUCUUGAUUAAACAGAACUUGCAAUAAAGAAAGCCUAAAUAGGGCUCUCUUUACAGGAAGUGUUUAUGGAAGGCUGUGCAAGUCACAUGCAGGGAGGUGUGACUAGGGUUCAUAAACAAAGGGAUUUAACUCCUAAAUGGCAGAGGAUUGAGCAGUGAGGCUGCAGGGGCAUGUUCUAUACACCAAAACUGCUUCAUUAAGCUAAAGUUGUUCAGGUGACUAUAGUGUCCCUUUAAUAUCUACAUGCAGUUCUGAACUGUGUCAAGUUACUGGUACCCUAUCACACUGCUUCGUCAUCCUCCCCUAGAGAUACCAGAGUCAUUAAAUGGACACUUUACAUUUGCCUCCUACCAGAUAUUACUUGUUCUCACACUGCUUGGUAGCCCAACAGCUGAUAGUACAUGUCUGUUUUAAAUAAAUGUAAUGUAGAUUAUCUAAAUAGACCAACUAAACAAGUUGGUGUAGUAGUAUUUCAGUAUUAUAUGAAGGUUUAAAUCCAGAUUGUUUUUUGUUUGUGUGUUCCCUGGUGUAAAUGUUCCAUGGUCUGAAUAUAGACUGACGUAGAAAUAGCUGCUGUAUUACUUCAUUUUAUCAUCUCCCUGGUGCGAUUGACGGUUCUAGACUGCUAGUGUUACUGGUUAAUUUUAACUUCCUGGAAAAUACCUUCUCCAGAGUAGUGGGGUUUACGCUCUCUGUAAUCCUAGACUGAUCUCUCCAGCAGACUGGGAAACAUUGCACGAAGUUCCAUCAAUUGAGAAACUCUAGUCUGUUACUUUCAUAUGGAAUUCAUCAUGUGCUCCAUGCUUUAAAUCUAGUUUGCUGUUUGAUUGCUAGUGUUAUCAUGGGUGCUGUCACUGGAUCAUCACCAAGAAAGGUUUUUUUUUUUUCAUUUUAGAAGCCAUUAGUUCUGUGAUGCCGAUCCCCCCCCCAAAAUGAAUAUUACAAUAUCCUAAAAUGUCUUAUUAUUGGAAUAAAAGAAACUCCUUUAUUCCUUUACAGAAUCUAAAAUAAAAAUAAAUUGAACAUCUAUACCCCUCCCUCCCCCAAAAAAUAAAUGUAUAAUGAAAAAGGUGUAACACGAUUCUGGUAUCUGUGUGUAAAUCCAUAAUUAUAAUUAAUGUAUUACAGUACCAGGUGUGUUAAAUAAUAAAGCUAUGGAUCCUAUACAUGCAGAUGUGGGCAGAGAGGAUAGAUAAACUGACUGCAGUGCUGUGCCCCCUGCAUUUAUAAAGCUCCAACAUACUCCGUAGCGCUGAACAAUCAGGAAAAAUGGACAAUCUAAUACAAAAAGGAAUUGAGGAGCCUGUCCAUGAGCUUAAAACCAGCCCUUUUAAGCAAAGUACCAAGAUAAAUGGCUUGUGAGCUUACAAUCUAAAGGUUAUGAAGGGGACCUGAGGCAGGAGGGAGCAAUGGGGGAGAUUUAAAGGUUAUGGACAGGUAGUCUUAGAGCAUUUGCCCAGACUGCUAGGAUAUGAUGUCAUUUGAGAAUUUAAUUGGGGAAGAUGCCAAACACCCGCAAAGGUAUGUUAUAAAUGAGGCAUAAACCAGGGAGGGUUCUUCUGAAAAAAAUGGCAGAUGUUUCUAGGAGUGGAUUGUUAUAGGAGGCCUUUCAGAGCUUGCUCAUUAAUCACAAUAGUUUAAUAUAUACAUCUGAUAACGCUAUGAUUAGUUCGAAGUUUUAUUGUUAUGGAGCUCUUUCAUACACUUGUAUUCAUUACUGUGAGUUUUAUUGCUGCGGAGCUCUGAUACACACAGCAUAUUACUGUGAGUUUUAUUAUAUAGAGCUCUGUGAUACACACUGCACAUUACUGUGAGUUUUAUUGCUGUGGAGCUCUCUGAUACAUACUGCACAUUGAUGGCUGCUAGAAAUGAGAAGCGGUACAUGGAGAGAGAAUAUGGGGGUAGUGAAGUACAGUGUUAGAGAGGUAAGCCGGGCUAGUUAAUCAUUCUCUAUAAUGUUCAUUCUUCUUACAGCGAGGUCUUCUCUCUCACAGAAUAGCUUUACCCUCCAGCCCAGAGGUCACUAAGAAUCCGGUUUUACCAACACUGUAACUUUUUAUGCCAUUCAGUACAGACUUUGAAAACUAUUUACAACUGCUCUUUAAUUCAUUCAUUGUGGGUCAUAAAGAGUUGACAUAACUGGUUGUUGCUGUUUAUGAUACGGUCUUGCCGUGAGAAUAGUUUAAAUAUUUUCUUUGAGCUGUUUGCGUUUUUACUUUUAUAUAGUCGCAGUAUCGGAAACAUGUAGAUUUAGUCUGGAUAAACAUCUCUUGUAAGAGCGAGAGUGUUUAAUUUCAGUUAUUUAUCCUACUAGUGAAUUGUAAUACGAUCUGACAUUUAGGAAAAAAACCUUGGUUGUAUUAUUGUAGAUCGUCACUUCCCAGUCUUUACAGAGAAAUUCACAUCAUACACACACACGGCCAGUAAUUAUUCCAUAGAAUAAUACGAGGGUACUGUUAUUGGCUGUUAAGUAUUCGCUUCUUCCUGGGUGAUGUCAUCAGCGAUGCAGAAGAAUCUGAGCUAAGCAGAAUGCUGCAAAAGUGUGACCUUCACUGUGAGAUUAUUAAUGUAACUUCUAAUAAAAUAAGACGUACAUGUUCCAUUUUACUGCCUUUUAAACACUUUGAAAGUUUGGGAUCUGCAGCUGAUGUUCUAGUAAGGGCCCACAAUGCUGAGUCCUCAUAUGAGCUUUUCUCCGAUUGCACUUCUCAAGGUUACCAAACGCAACUUCGUACAAUAGGUCACAUUCUAUGUUUUUAACCUCCCAUUACCAACAUGGCAUGUCGCCAAUCAGAUCCCUCUUUUAUUGAUGUUUGUGAAAAAAAAUUGCAUAUUGCAAAAUCACAUAAGCUUGGAAUUUUUUUUUUUUAAAGGGAUGCUAUGUUCACAUUAACUUCUUCCUUGCCAGAAGCCCUCUGAUGACCAUUGGAGAGGGGAAAAGUUGAGCUAUUUAUAGGGUUGUGAUUGUGUGCGCAGUUCUGUCCGAGAGAACUGAUAUUAGAAGCAUUAUAAAUCCUAUGGGACUUUCAUUUCCAAGCCUUGGUUCACCUCGUGACCCCUUGCUACGCUUUACGCAAAUAUGUUUUUAAUAAAGUCCAAGUUUUUAAUGCUUUGGAAAUGAUCAGAUAAGUAAAGAUUUUAAUGGGAUGUUAGAGCUUACUGUUCAAAAAGCGGUGUCCUUGGAAGCGCUGAGUAGAUUAAUUGCGUAGAAACUAAGAUGUUUUAUUUAUAUUGCAUUAUUUGUGAGUAUGGGAAGGGUGGUUAUAUUUUACAGAAUAAAUAUUUGUGUUCACUGUUCAGUACAGUUUCUGGACUAGCAAUGGGGAUAAGGAGAUCCCUUACUGCACACUCCACCCUAUGUGUUUUAUAUAUUUUUAUUUAUUUUUAUUAUACUCUUUCACCGCUUGUUUUUACAUGUGUCUACGCACACCCCCAAUAAUGUCUAAUUGUAUACCAAGUUGAGCUUCUUCUUUUCAUACAAUUAAUUGCUAACUGAAAUUUAAAUACAUGUGCCUGAUAAUUUACAUUCACCACUAUCUAUCGGCGAGUGAAAAGUCACCCUUAGUGUGCCAUGCACCCUCCAUGCUUGUAAUUGCAAGUACAUUUUAGCGCCUGACCAGCAGUAGCAUAGGAUUUGAAAGAAAAAAAUAUAUACAUACAUUUUUUUGUUGUUGUUGUGUUGCUAUAAUUUGAGUAAGUAAAGGUAGAGAGUAUAUGCACGCACUAUCCUGGGAGUACUCCCAUCAGGGUGCUCCAGACGGGCAGGGCCACAAACCCAGGAAAGAUUCAGUAGAACAAUGUAGGCCAGGACACACCUGGUGGUUUUAUUAUAAAGUACAGAACAAAAACGUUUCAGCUCCUUGGAGUUAGACUUGACAAAGGCUCCAAGGAGCCGAAACGUUUUUGUUCUGUACUUUAUACUAAAACUACCUACUGAAUAAACCACCAGGUGUGUCCUGGCCUACAUUGUUCUAUAUAAUCGGAGUAAGCAGCCCUUUGAGAGGAUGACCCGUAGAAGCUGAAAAAGAGUAGGGGAAAAAUAAAAGGGAGAGAAUGUUGUGGUUAUAAUGACCAGCUUUCUGCAAGAAUAAUGACACAUAAUUAACAGAUUGACCACUCCUACAAUUACAGACUAAUUAAUUGGCCUUAACAAACACACAUCUAUAAAUACACAUACCUUUGUUGCUGAAAGCAAGCUAUGUAGAGCUUUUUGGACCGUGUGAUCACAUUGUCUGUCCGAAUUUUACUCAUUCAAGUCGAUUGCAUCUGUGAUUGCUGUUAAUGUAAAAUUGAAUGGUGUGGGUACCAGGACCGGACAAUUUAAUGCUGCCACUGAAGACACUGCAAUUCUGCAGGAACAGCAAUGUAUACAGUGCAGGGUAAAGUACCACUAGUGGCUGUCACACUAGACUUGAGGUAGGCAACCUUGAGCCCUCCAGAUGUUGUGGACUACACCACCCCUGAUGCUUUGCCAGCAUUAUAAGAGAUGUAGUCCACAAUAUCUAGAGUGUCCUCAUACUAAACUGUAAAACUCUAUUUAUUUCAAUCUGAUGGUCUCGUUGAGACUAUUUGACUGGCACAGAGUGGUUUUAUUCUGUGUGUGUAACACAACCUCCCAAUGGGAAAGCAUUGGAUUGGUUGAGAUGAUCAACAUUGAUGAUCUCAGCCACGGAGGCCAGUGUGCUGCGGGAAGUAAGGAAUGUCAAAUUAAUUUUUAAAUACUCUGGGGAGUGGCCACCUAUAGGUAGAGGAACAAUAUGGUUUUAGGAACACUUGUUUGUUUUGUUAUCAAAACUGAUAUUUUUUUUUUCUUCAAUUUUUUAUGUGAAUUCACCUGUCACCUCUAUUUUGGUUCUGCAUUAUUUAAAUGUAUUUAUUUUUGUGUGUGUGUGUUUUCAUUUGUAUCUCCUCUUCUUUUGUAGAAUCUGUUUAUGACCUUCUCCCAAAAGAGCUCCGGUUACCUCCAUCUCGAGACACCUCUGUGGCCCCAAUGAGUCAGACAAGUGGAGGUGAGGCAGGAUCGCCUCCGCCAGGUGUCAUCGCUGCUGGUACGUAUUACAUUAUUUAUGUUUGAUUAGGUAACAUUUUUUUUUCCAGAUUUUUCUGUAUUUAAAGCGGUUGGCUAAAAUGAGCAGUGCUGUCAAAGUUAGUUUGGGCUCCUCAAAUCUCGGUAAUCAGAACGUUUCAAAGUCCAGUUAACAGAUUCCAGUUUGCCCCCAGAUUUUCUUUCAGAUUCAGUGUUAUUGUUUUAUUGUCAUUAUUUGUUACCGUGAUUCUAAUUAAUUCUAAAUUACAGGAGCUCAGCAGUUUCUAGCCGUGAUUUGGUCAUUCACACAAAAUAAAGCCAUGCGCUCAAGCUUCCACUUCUCUUGGGUGGCAGCAGUGGCGAUAAUAUAACAUCAGCACGAAAGAAUCCCUCCCCCAAUAAAAGAAUUCCGUAUUACCCGAGAAUUCUGUUUUUUAUGUUUCUAUACUUUUAUUAUUUUAGUUUAAUGGAUAAUUCAUGAUAUUUAAUUUGGAAGUGUUAAUUAUCAAUUACACUAAUCAGUUAUCAGUUUCAUUAACAUGUCUCAUGCAAGGCUGGUUUAUGCAGUAUUAAUAGAUCCUGGGCUUGUAUAUUGUGAAAUUACCUGAGCCCCAGUCAACAAACCAUAUGAUUUAACAUUUCAUCCAUGGCAUCUGGAGUGUGUAUAUAGACGCACGCUCUUUCCGAUAAAUAAAAGUGCUAUUAAGUGUGUUCAUUUUGUCCUGCACACAUUGAAUUUUGGAGCCAUUUAAUUGUACUCCAAUCUUGGUAAUCUGUCAAAACGCAAUCAUGUCUUUCUCUGAUCGGACGUAUGCCAUUUGUAGCACUUUGCAGCACUGCCCAUUCUUCAGACCCGUCAUAUCUUUUAGAAGCAGUAAAUUUAUCGCAUUUGUUGCAAAUACAAUCGUUUUCAUUACAUUAUGAAUUGUGAAGAGGUACGAUGGGAGUUGUGAGUUUUAGAACAGAAUAACUGAAUCUGAAGAUAUACAGCUUUUCCAGCUCAGUUAUUUUGGAAUAAACAUGUUAAUCCCACAUUAUUUCUACACACUUCCCAGUUUAAUGAAUGGUAGCCUUUUUUUUAGAUGUAUUACAUUUUAAUUAACUAUAACGGUGUAAAACUGUAACGAUUGUAUUAAACCCACAGAUUGACAUGUCUAAUCAGUUGCUUGCUAACGUUAUGUUCUACAAUUGGGCUUAUUAAUGAAAUAGAAUAAAAUGCCUGUUGCCUGAAAGUACUCUGUUAAAAGCACUCACACACAGUAUCUGUUUAUAUUGGCUGCAGUUUGUGUGGGUAAUUAAAGGCUGGCCUUAUCGCAUGGGCUUAUCACUGAAAGUGCAAAGAUUACAGCUUGAAAUCCAGGCUAAUAAGAGAAAUGGAUUCACAUCACUAAUAGGGACAUGUUCCUCACUUUAAACCGAUUUAGUAAAACAAGCAUCCUGUUUCAGCCCUUCAGUCUCCCUUAUAAAAACGAGCAGGGAUUUAUUGUUUUUUAUAAAUGUAAUUCUAUGUCUCUGUCCAAGGAUAGAGGUUUUCUUUCUGCUUCUGCAGCUAGCGAUGAUUUUCCUGUUUAAAGAAAUUUGUAUAAAAGAUUUGGGCAAGUUUCCAGAAUUUAUACGUUGACACCUGUACAAUAAAGUAUCCUGGAUUACUAAACUUCCCCAAUCUAGACAAUACUCCAUAACUACAUACAGAGUGAUUACAUUAUCCCUGCUCAGUGUGAUUUCAAUCUCCCCAACCUCACUGCCUGUCAGCAUCCGUAGGGCUCUGUUAAAUACAACACACAGGUGGUGGGCUUAGAAAAUACAAUUAUACAUUUGAUGUGACUUCUCUUUGUAUACUAAAAAUUAAAUUGAGAAGUGUGAAAUGUAGGCUAAAAUCUGUCCAAUUUUAGUAUCUUGUUGUGAUUAAAGCCUCUUGUGUCACACAGUAUAGUAAACAUACACAUUUCCAGUGCACGUACAGCACCUGUUUAGCCUGUGUUUUGUAAUUAUGUUGAUUACGGUCAGUAACACAGGGAAUAAAUCAUUGUCUAAUACAGAGGUAGCCAACCUAGAAUGCCCUCAUUAUUUUCAGUUAGCGUUAUCGAUAUGUGCCAUGCUUACAGGGUUCCUUCUCCACCCUAGAAAUAGACCAGUGUCUACCAAACCUCAGUUUAAUAUAUACCGGGCUAUUCACCAUGAAUAAUCGCUUUUAGCCCAAACGGGGAACGUCCAUUUUAGCUAUGUUUCGUAUAGUACAUGAAAUGCACUAAUGAAUAACCUGUUAGUAAAAUCUUCAUUCAUGGCCCCAUCUUGGUCCUCUCUGGCUUACACUGUUACUCUAAGCACCAUAGCCACUACAGCGCUCUGGAGUCUCCGAGUGAUGCCAAACUGUUUUUGCUGUAGCUGUUAUGGUGCUUGGAAUGGAAGAAAAGUCCCUAACUGAGGGAUGUAACCGUAAUUACCGCCACAACUGCAGCCUCCUUUACCAAGUCUCCCAGGGUAUUUCUUUAAAUCUGAGGCAACUUAAGGGUCCUUGCCACUAAUGCUUCUUUGUAGACACAUUGCUCCGGCAUGGGCCAGAGAGGUUAUUCCAGGGAUCAGGUUGAGCAUGUGAACACCAUAUCUGAAUGAAUGUACAAUUUCCAUGUGAUGGUUCAAUUGCUUUUUUGCUAUUUGCUGGGAUGCUAGCUGUUUUCUCUAUUAAUACAGUUAACUUGCAUUCUAGCUCGGCCACUCAGAGGCAGGCAUCGUGUGGUGGGUUAUGUGACAGUGUCUGUCUAUCAGUAGUGAAGACACAUAUUGCCAGAGACACUAAACCCAUCCAAACUCACCCCAGGGUCUAGGUCGGUCUUUUUUUCAGACUUCUUCCUAAGACUUUUUAUUUUUCAUUUUCACUUGUAUUCUCUUUGUAUGUUUUUUGUUUCUUUGUUUUGUUUUUAUUUAUUUAUUUUUUUUGUUAAUACAAGUUUUAACUAGUGGAUUGCUAAUGAUUGUAACAAAAUGUUUAAUGUUUUUUUUGUUUUUAACUUUGCAACAUUUAAACAAACACUGGAUUCCACAUGACAUCUUUGAGCACAGCUCUGCAGUCACUUUGUUCGAAAAUGAGGCACUUUCCAGGCUUACAAAUGACUCUAGUGUGCAUUAUUCAUAUUAGUUUUAUUUCUAAUGAAUAACCAUAUUUCACAGUGCUCUAAAAAAUCUAUAUCUACUGGCAUAUUAAACUACUCGCUCAACAAUAUAAUACACUGUGUGUACACAAUGACUAACUAUAUAAUAGAAAUAUAUAUAUAUAUAUAUGCUGUUAAAUCUGAAUACAUUAUGAGUACACUAACUUUUUUGUUUUACCUGGGACAUAAAUUAGGUUAGUAGUGGCCAACGAUUACUGUCUCAAUAAUUUUCCUGUUUACAAACUCUUAAAAUCCAUCUCUAAUUUCCCUAAAGUUGUCAAUGUGUGGUGGUGAUAUUACUAAUUAGCUGCGUAAACCUCGGGAGAAUCUGAAAAAAUCUUGCCGACUAAUUACAGUAAAGCAUAUAUGAUCCUGCUAUAGGGUAUACACCCUGAAAAACCUUUGUAAACCUCGUGCUCGUUUAAAGGGACACAGUGAAAAUGUUCUGCAAGCUUUCUAAAAUGACAUGGCAUAAAUAUUAUUCUGGAAAUAUCACAAAUUGAAACAGCAGGAUGCAGAAACCCAGCCAUUUUUUCUUGGCUGUCUGAAUUAAUAUGUGUUUUGGAAAUAUUGAAGGCGUAGGAUUCCAAAACUGAGGUCAGACUUGUUUUCUAGCAUUUCUAACAGGUCACCAUUCAUUGGCUGUAUAAUCACCAGUGUUGGCUGUAUGGUAAGAGACUCUCCGUCAGAGAAGCCUUUCCCUCUGUGUAAUGCUCAUGCAGUUUACAUUUUACAGAAACACAGGAAUUGUACUUUCUAAACUUACCAAUUUUAAUACAACUGAAGCCCUCCUCUUAUAAGUUACUGGUAGAGGGGUAGAUACUAAAUCUCUACAGUAAAGUGGAUGCAGGGCUUGCUAUAUAAAUCCACAUAAAUAGAAGUCCUGUGACCCCAAAUAUUUGUAUUGUUUUAGCUAUAAUUGAAUCGUCAUAUCUCCUGGCUGUAUUAGUUUUAGAGAAGGGGAUCUGUGUAUACAGAAUAUUUUACCAUGAUGACAAUGUCCUUGUCAAACACACACCUAAGAACAAAGUGGCUGCAAAGCUGCCUCAAAGUAGAUACAAUUUGCAUAGAUUGUCAUAUGUAUGUGUAACUAUAAUACAUAUAUAACACUUGAUCUCCUUAUAGAUUAAUCAGUAAAAGCAUUUUUAUUAACCCUCCGUGUGCCAGAGGGUUGGGACAGUGCAUUUUCAGGUAAUGCCAAUGACUUGCAAUGUGUUUCACCCCUCCCCUUGGCAUUCAAAGGGUUAAUGCAUGCCCAUAAACGAAGCACAGCACACACACACCAUAAGAUAUCAUUUUCAUUAAAUGUGAAUGCCUUUUGAAAGUCACUGAAUAUUUUAAUUUCAGCUGCAGUUUUUAGUCAAGUGCACAAACUCUGUGUGAAAUGGAACUGAUAUAAUGCAUUUUAUUUUAGCUGACCAUAAACUCAUUGAGGUUUUAAAUCCAAAACAUGCAGAUUGGGUCCAUGGUAAAUAUUAUCAAUUUUUUGUGGAUCAUAUAUUUUAUUGUCACAAUUUACCUUUCAUGCCAAAUGUAGUUUCAAGAUCUGGGUGGCCAACACUAUUUAGUACAGGUUUUUAAAUGCAGUUAUCCUGUUUUAAAAGUCUGGAGCUCAGGCCUUGGCUUACACCCCAAAUUCUAUAUAGUUCCUUAUAUGAUUACUUCUAGCGCACAAAUGAAUCUUUGUUUUAUAAGCCAUGAAUGAAUGAAGAUCUGCAACGCAUAUAGGACAGUGGCUGGCCAGAUAUUGAAUCCCGGAGUAUCGUGUGUUGGACAUCUGAUAUAUGAUUACUUUGCCAAGUCUGGGAAGAAAAUUAGGCUUCAGGAUCCAUUCAGUAUUUGCAAAAACUUCAUUUUUAAAAUACAAUUUCUCCACUCAUAUGUGUGUAAAUACACAUUCACGCUCAAACAUUCUAAAUGUUGUAAAACUGUUGUUUUUAAACUGCUUAUUCACGUCCUACAGAUCACUUAGGAGGAAGAUUUAUCAGUGUCAGCUCAUAUAGAACUUCCCGAUCUAAAUAAUGCGCUGAUCUUUGCUGUCUCCUCUGUCAAUAAAGUGGUUAUGGUCAGUCUAGUCUUGUCUUCCUUACUAAUAGCGAUGAGAACUUACAACUCCCCCCCCUCUCAAAUUGCAUCACUUUUAAUCACUCAGAAUGGAUUUCAAUCAUAUUGGAAAGCAGACUAUAUCAGUUCUAUUUUGCUCUAAAAUAAGUUUGUUUUAUUCCCUAUUUUUUUUUUGUUAAUUAUGGUUUUAUAUCUGGAAUAACUAGCAGCUGUUUCUCAUUUAUUUUCUCAUAUUUUUAUUCCAGGAUUUGCCUCUGAAGCAGGGAGUGUCUGCAUUAAAAAUGACCUGUAGUUCUCUGCUUCAUAGGUUAGAAACUUAUUUUAAUAUUUUGUGGCUACAGACAGUCCCACUUAAAAUAAAUUUUAAAAAUAUAUUGAAAUAUUGAAAUGUUUAUAAUUGGCACUAAAUUUUGACAACAGGCACGCCUUCUAAUGGGAUUAAUAUAUAUGUAGUUUACAUUUCGAUUGGCUGAAAUAAAUCCUACAUGAAAUUGAGGCGGUGAAACGUAGAUUUUUUUUUUCACUUGCAGCCUGACAAAUUAAAAAAAAAAAAAAAAAAUUUAAAUUUUUAAAUAAAAGUUUAAAGUAACCAUUCUAAAAACAGCACAGCCCUUACAGUUUUUGUUAUUUUUAACUGGUCUGUGCUAACAUAGGGCUGUUAUAUUGAUAAAAGUAUUAGAAUGCCAGAUUGCAAACUUUUUGUGGGAACAAAACUCAAUCCGAUAUUAAAAUCGCCUUUAAUUCCGUUGGGACUGCUAGCCAGUGCAGGUGAAAAUGUGUGUAUUUACUCUUGGAUUGUACACUGCAGAUGCCUCCUCUUCCUCUACUUGCUCCAUGGGCGAUGCUCGCAGUUCCUUUACCACCACAUCCAGCCCUUCUAUUUUCUCUACCUCACUCACCGAUACCAAAGCUAUGCAAUCCACCGUGGGGGUAAGUAAACCAGGGGUAAGUGACCAGCUCUUAGCCAGUAAUACGGGCCGGCAGCAGUCCAUGCCUUUGAGAUGGACGGUCCUAAACAUUUCACCACCACCCGAAGACCUGCUUGAUAGCAGUCGGAUGUCCUGUCAAGAUGAUGGCGUUGUUGUGGAGUCCGAGCAGAGCAGCAGCAUGUGGACAGAAGAUUCUGCCUCCAACUUCAGCAACAUGAGCACUCACUCUUACAACGACAACACUGAGGUCCCGCGUAAGUCCCGGAAACGCAACCCGAAACAAAGGCCUGGGUCCAAACGAAGGGAUUCCAAUAUGGACGUGUUUGAUGCAGACAGUGCCAAAGCUCCACACUAUGUGCUCUCACAGCUUGCCUCAGACAGCAAAGGCAACUCCCAGACCGGCAAUGGGUUGGUAUCAGUGUUUACUCAAUCUGCCUCUUAUAUCAUGCCAUAUAUUCCUUGUUUAAUAUCAGCACUCCGAUAAUCCUUGCCUUUACUGGCUGUUGGCCUCACACCGUGCCUCCUGUAUGUUCUGCAGAGCACAAUCUGACCAGCUAACUCCAGUGCAGCUAGUUUGUGUAUACAUGAAUAUCACACUGCUUGUCCUGUUAGCAAAGCCAUUGGUUUUAACUGUUUUAUCUUAAGACUGUGCUUUAAGCACUCUGUAAAUCCUGCUUCAUGUCUGUGCAUUGCUUCUUAAUAAUCUCAUAAGAAAAUCCAGCUAGGCAGCUUCAGGCUAUUUCUUCUAUUUCUUUCUGAUUUCAUGUAUACGUUUGGUGAGACACUGGAAAAAAGUUUUAAGGUUCUGUAAAUGAAAUAUUAAAUCAGAUUUCCUUCUUCAACUCGGUGCUGUGUUGCUGGAAUUACUUAGCAGUUUUGAUGUUUUUACCUUAAUACCAGACACCCUAAUUUGGAAUGCAAUAUCUCCUGGAUUACUUAAAUAAAGAUCUUUAAAUAACAUUGAAGGAGACUUUAACUUUGACAUGUGUCUGUUUGGCAAGAUUUAUAAUAAAAAGGGAAUAAUUGAGGUAGUUAAUACAAUAUAUAUUAUAUUAUAUUUUUGCUGCACUGGUUAGUGGCAUAGGAAAAGUAAAAUUGUCUGCCAUGUUUUUGCCUUCAGAUCUUUGGAGAAUCAGAAAGGAGGUAAGAAAAGUUUGCUAUUAUGUGAGCAGCACCCAAGUAAAAGCGAGGGAAAGGAGCUUAAGAUAGUGGUACAACCGGAGACUCAGCAUCGAGCCAGGUAUCUGACCGAGGGGAGCCGGGGGUCAGUGAAGGACCGGACCCAGCAAGGAUUUCCUGCUGUAAAGGUAACGGCAAUAGAGAAUGGACAGUCUGAGCCACUUUACAUUAAUAUAGAAACCCUAAAAUGGGAAAACCUACCUGGAGCCAAGCAUUGUAUGUUCCAUACACAUAACAUGCAUUGUUUACAAUCUAUGCAAUACAUGUUGCAGUUAAAAUUCAGUAUUAAUGGUACACUGUAAGCACCGAGGCUGUCGCAUCUCAUUUAAGUGGUUAUAAUGUCGGCAGUUCCUUAUCACUGUCCUUAAACCAUUUUUAAUGUUAUAAAGGGACACUAUAGUCCCCAAAACAACUUUAGGUUAAUUAAGUAGUUUUUGUGUAUAGAUCACUUCUCUGAAGUCUCAAUGCUCAGUUCUAUGCUAUUUAGGAGUUAAAUCACUUUAAUGCUAAACAAGAUUCUCCAGCAGACCAUCAUCUCUGUGCUGCUCGGUGUAAUGAGGAAGCAAUUAUCUGAUCAGCAAAGGGUAUCUGUGCAUAUCUGAAAGUGUCAGCUGACCUCUUUCAGCCUAUCACACCACCCAUUUCUGGUAGGAAUUGGUAGAACUUGAAGGAAGUGUAUAAUCUCUGUCUUAGCCACACCUCCAAUCAGGGCCAGGCUGUUAUUUAGUGUUAGAAAACGGAAAAACAAAUAGUGGAAUAGCUCUGUGUUUUGGGUAGGGAAGGCAGCACACCUAAAUGAGUUAGUAUCUCCAAAAAACCCAAAAGGAAAGAUAGAAAUACAGAACAAUAGGGUGCACCACGGGAUUUGGAAUCAGAAUAGCUUUAAGUGAAAUAAAUGAAAUAAAACAAAUUAUACACUGUCCGUAUAAUAGUUUAAAAUCAUGUAAAUAUAAAGAACAAACAACAAGUCCAGGAUAAAAUAUAAUAGAAUGAAUAAGUCUGUAAGGGUUUGCGUGUAUCUUCAGGUUAGCAUAUCUUCCAAGUGUUCAGAAUCCACCAACCUAAAAGAGAAGAAAAAACUCCAAUAGUGCAAUAUGUAUAAAAUAAGAUAAAAGCUUGAAUUAAAAGAAAUCCAAAUGGCCUACUCACAUGGGAUAGAGCUAAAACCAGCUCUAAUAUAAAGCGCUUGCAGUGGAUUUGAUCCCCCACUUCAGGGAUAUUGGUUCAAAAUAUUGACCAGCACAUGUCUUAUCAGCAGGGUAUAUGUGAAAAUAAAAAAGUGCAAAGAUAGUGCUCUCUGUCUAAAAUAUAUUCAAACAGGAGUGAAAAUAAAUAGGUUGUACUCACAUUUACUUGAGCAAAUAGCCCGCUCAGUGUAAUCAGCAUAGGUGGUAUAAUCCUCACCUGGGAUACUUGGUGAGGCCCUCACUGGAAAGAUAAAAACUGGAUGCCAGUAAAAAAAAGGGAAAAAAAGUAUAUGGAACAAAUAUUGGUUGUAAAAAUGACCAAAAUGUUUAUUUAAACAAAAACAGUGAUAAAAUAGGUCCACAGUACGUUUCACCUACAAUGGGCUUUUUCAAGUGAUAAUCAGGGAUAAAUCCAGCCUCCCACAGAUCACUUCCCAAAUAGUGGUCUUUACACAAGCAAGAUAUAUACAAAAAACGGGAUACGGCUAAGGAAACCUAGAAACAGACAAGUAAAUGGAAAAUCGUGCAAUACAGCUGGAUAUUAAUACACACACUGUGAUAAAUUGCACUCACAGGCGUUAAAAUUAAAGGUGCUUCCCCCGAUGGAAGUGGGGGCCUGUAAUCUCCUUCUAGGAUUUGUAGUCACUACUGUCAAACAGGAACCAGCCAGGACUCAGAGUAGUAGGUAACUAAGCAGCUUUAUUGUAUCAAUAAAAAAAAUAAUGUAGCAAUAGGGCCUACGCUUUCGUCCCAGUACCGUUCAAGUUUUAACACUGAAUAGAGGAAUAGUGACUUCAAACACUAUAUAAUCAGUUCAGUUAAAUAAAAAGGUUUAUAGUGCCUACAGGGUCCCUGUAGGUUUUCUUUUCAGCUUCAUCUUGGUUGUAGAAUGUAGAGAUCUGAUUACACCAUGUGAUGGUCAUAUGGUAGUAACACAGAUUAACAUGCUUACAGACCAAGUUGAAAUUGGGUGGGAACCCAUUGACGUAGUUACUUUGAAUUAGUGAUCGGCUGAUUGCAAUAUGGUUCUAGCCUUCAUUUGAGAUUUUAAUCUGGGUCAUUCCUUGAUUUGAACCACUUGCAGAUGUUUGAUGCUAGCAUAAUGAUGUACCUGCAUUCUGAAACCAUUGCACUGCUACGCAGACAUGAUCUCUUGCACUUAUUGUAGUGGCUAUGGUGCUCGGAGGCUGUGGUUUAUUUGCUUGUGUGGGUGGGUUUCUUUUCCUAUUUGUCAAACAGUUUUCAGGUGGUCUGACAAACGGGAUUUCCUUACACCAAAAUCACACCUCUUCAGUUUGUGAUUCUGUAACCAGAGAUAAACGGAACUGUUGGUAGAAAAAAAACUCACCCAUUGACUUCCAUGGGAAAACAUGCUAAUUUGUAAAGUUAUCUUGUCUUAUAGAAUCUAGCUCCCAAGUGCUUUAACACGCAACAUCUACAAUAGACUGCAUGAUAAGCUGUAGUGGUUGUGGUGAUUGGAGUGUUUCUUUAAGGUAGCGUUAGUGGUUGUGGUGAUUGGAGUGUUUCUUUAAGGGAGCGUUAGUGGUUGUGGUGAUUGGAGUGUUUCUUUAAGGGAGCGUUAGUGGUUGUGGUGAUUGGAGUGUUUCUUUAAGGUUGCAUUCCUUGUAAUUUGCGGAUUAGAAUACUUUAAUAUUAUAGCAUAUUAUUUUAAUUACUAAGUAAUAACAGUUUUUUUUUUUAAAUUGAACACUGCCUCAUGCUGUCUGCAGCCUUAUUACAGAAGGUGACAGGAAUACAUUUAUAGACAUUGGGUGAAGUGUAAAUUUUUAAUCCAAAUUAGAUGAUUUCGAAAGUUUAUCCAUCUCCCAGCUCGACUUCUUUUUCUGAUGUUCAAUUCAAGCCAAAUGAGCUCUUCCUCUGAUCCUUCUGUUUCAGCUGGAAGGUCACAAUGAGCCUGUGGUCCUACAAGUGUUUGUGGGUAAUGAUUCAGGCAGAGUGAAGCCGCAUGGAUUCUACCAAGCCUGCAGGGUGACUGGGAGAAACACGACUCCCUGCAAGGAAGUGGAUAUAGAGGGCACCACUGUCAUUGAAGUCAUGCUCGACCCCAGCAACAUGAUGACUCUAGCGUAAGUAAAUGAUCCGCGCCUGCCCUCAGGACCAGUAGAGCACAGGGCACUCUGCUUCUUACUGACAAGGGCUUGUCGUCUGCCCAGUGUGCAUGCAGCACAAACUCCCUUAUCAGGGCUUUCAUCUAAAAUGCAGAAAUACAACAUUCUGUCUUCACUGGGCCAUGGAAAGAAUGCAUGCCUUCCUGAAUAUCUGCACAAAAUGGAAAACUUUCACCUUGAUUGCUUCAUAUGUUGUGCUGUAUGCUCUGCUGGGUGCUUAUACACUGAUACUGCCAUCUGUACUGGGUGCUUAUAUACUGAUACUGCCGACUGUACUGGGCGCUUAUACACUGAUACUGCCGACUGUACUGGGUGCUUAUAUACUGAUACUGCCGACUGUACUGGGCGCUUAUACACUGAUACUGCCGACUGUACUGGGUGCUUAUACACUGAUACUGCCGACUGUACUGGGUGCUUAUACACUGAUACUGCCGACUGUACUGGGUGCUUAUACACUGAUACUGCCGACUGUACUGGGUGCUUAUACAUUGAUACUGCCAUCUGUACUGGGUGCUUAUACACUGAUACUGCCAUCUGUACUGGGUGCUUAUACACUGAUACUGCCGACUGUACUGGGCGCUUAUACACUGAAACUGCCGACUGUACUGGGUGCUUAUACAUUGAUACUGCCGACUGUACUGGGUGCUUUUACACUGAUACUGCAGACUGUACUGGGUGCUUUUACACUGAUACUGCAGACUGUACUGGGUGCUUAUACACUGAUACUGCCAUCUGUACUGAGUGCUUAUACACUGAUACUGCCGACUGUACUGGGUGCUUAUACACUGAUACUGCCGACUGUACUGGGUGCUUAUACACUGAUACUGCCAUCUGUACUGGGUGGUUAUACAUUGAUACUGCCAUCUGUACUGGGUGGUUAUACACUGAUACUGCCGACUGUACUGGGUGGUUAUACACUGAUACUGCCAUCUGUACUGGGUGCUUAUACACUGAUACUGCCAACUGUACUGGGUGCUUAUACACUGAUACUGCCGACUGUACUGGGUGCUUAUACAUUGAUACUGCCGACUGUACUGGGUGCUUAUACAUUGAUACUGCCGACUGUACUGGGUGCUUAUACACUGAUACUGCCGACUGUACUGGGUGCUUAUACACUGAUACUGCCGACUGUACUGGGUGCUUAUACACUGAUACUGCCGACUGUACUGGGUGCUUAUACACUGAUACUGCCGACUGUACUGGGUACUUAUACACUGAUACUGCCGACUGUACUGGGUGCUUAUACACUGAUACUGCCGACUGUACUGGGUGCUUAUACACUGAUACUGCCGACUGUACUGGGUGCUUAUACAUUGAUACUGCCGACUGUACUGGGUGCUUAUACACUGAUACUGCCGACUGUACUGGGUGCUUAUACACUGAUACUGCCGACUGUACUGGGUGCUUAUACACUGAUACUGCCGACUGUACUGGGUGCUUAUACACUGAUACUGCCGACUGUACUGGGUGCUUAUACAUUGAUACUGCCGACUGUACUGGGUGCUUAUACAUUGAUACUGCCGACUGUACUGGGUGCUUAUACACUGAUACUGCUGACUGUACUGGGUGCUUAUACACUGAUACUGCUGACUGUACUGGGUUUACACAGUCUGCCUGCUCUACUGAGUGGUUGUGUACAGAGGCUGUCUGCUUUACCAGGCGCACAUACAGUCUGUUUGCUUCACUGGGUACUUAUGCCGAGCAUGAAAUGGCAGAGAGUAUGGUAAUUAUUUUUUUUAAGUGGCUUCAUAUAAAGCACUUCUCUUUUUCUUUUUUAUUGUCAGUGACCAAAAGCACUUUCAAUUUCUUUCAUUAUAUAUAAAAAAAAAAAAGAGAGAGAGCGAGAAAGAAGGAUCAGGGCACUUCAGCUGGAAAUGCAGAUCUUAAUCAGGACACAGAUACAAAGUGAUUCCUGAUUAAAGUCUGUAAUUUCCGCUGAAGUGUCGUACCCUUUAUUUAUUUUAUAUCCACAAUUGUCUUUGGUUGCACCGGUGGGAUAUCUACUUUUCGUCUGAGUGUGCAGCCCCUUACUCCAUUUUCUGUUUGUGCAGGGUGGAUUGUGUUGGAAUCCUGAAGUUGAGAAAUGCUGACGUCGAGGCACGGAUUGGACUGGCUGGAUCCAAGAAGAAGAGCACUCGUGCCAGGCUAGUGUUUCGUGUAAACAUUUCCCGUAAAGAUGGCUCUGUAUUAACACUACAAACCUCAUCAUCCCCCAUCCUUUGCAGUAAGUGCCAUUUGAUCCAUUCUGUUAUUUGCUUUUUGUUUCUCUGCGGUGUCUCGCUUUCAUGUUUCAGGUGUAUAUGUAGGGAAUGUUUUUUUGCAGCAGUGAGUAGAAACAGAUCGGAUUAACUGCUGGCAGUUAAUUAAAUACUGAUAGCCGAGGCUUCGGAAAAAACGAAGAAGAGAAAAAACACUGGCAAAACGGCAUUGCUGAGAGUAUGCUGUGCCCAUUUUACAUGUUAAGUAACAGAACAUGUAGCAUAUUGUAGACAGACCACUAGGUAAUACCUGGGCAAGCCACCCACUGUGGCUUAUUUUAAUCUCCCGUAUUACUAAUAUAACUUGAUUGCGCUACAUUCAUUGUCAAAGAAAUUGUUGCGUUGUCAUUUCAUAUGUAUUUCUCAUAAAUGAGUCUGAAAUUGCAGUACUUCAUGGAGUGUUACUGACCACACCAACCUGUGCUUCCAAUAGACAGUGGAAAAGGGUUUGUUUAUGUGCAGAGUGAUGGAAAUUGCCCAUUGUAUCAAAGCAAGAAUGACAAGAGCUCAUGGUAGAAAUCUCUCAUUGAAAGAAAGAUGAAAAGGUUUAACAUGACAUGGAGUAGGUCAUUUCAUUCGGUUUGCAAUAAAAUGGUACAUUGUCCUAUUUAUAUUCGAGGCACACUGUAAGAUCCAAUGAAACCAUUUUGGUAAUAGAACUCUUUGUAAAGUCCUUUUGAUUUGUUUUGCUCUCUAGCUCAGCCAGCAGGAGUGCCGGAGAUCCUCAAGAAGAGCUUGCAUAGUUGCUCUGCGAAAGGGGAAGAGGAGGUCUUCGUGAUUGGAAAAAACUUCUUGAAAGGAGCCAAAGUAAUAUUCCAGGAAAACCUUGCAGGUUUGUAACGUCCCCCUGUAGCCCAAGUGAUCAGUUUGACUCUGUAGUUUUACACUGCAACGUAGCCAUGCAGAUUACCCCAGUAUCACUGAUAUCGCAAUCUCAUCAGCUCCACGUUUCCUGUUUUUAGAUGACAAUUCAUGGAAAGCAGAAGCUGAAAUUGACAUGGAGUUAUUCCACCAGGUAUAUAUUUUAUCAUUCAGUAUCCGCUCAGGAUAUUACUGUCCCCAGGAAUAAAUAGUUCUAUAUGCCAUGUUUCAUUUAAUAUUUUCGUUUGUUAACCUUUGCAGUGUGAAUCACUGAGCAGGAUGCCUUGUGUAAUGAUGGUUACGAAGUAUGUGGUGUGUGUAACUGUACACACUGGCUUUCAAACCUGCGUUUUAUUAGCCUUUAUUAAAAUGCAUCAACCGUUUCCACUCUAAUGUUAAGUGAUAAAAUCUACGUAUUUGUGAACAAUGCAAACCUAGAAAUCUACACAUAUAUUACUUAAACGAAAGUAGAACAGACAAUACAAGACACACGCAGGAAAAUCCUUUGUUUAACCAUGGAUCCUUCCAUCCUAAUAAUGUUUCUUUGAUGACCUUGCAGUUCUGUAAAAAGGUUUUGAUGCUUUGAGCUUGGUGCUCCAUCCAGUUUUGGGGAUUACAAAUUACUGGAAAGUGUGAAAUAUUUGCUAUUCAAUGUUUUCCCUUUUUUGCAGAAUCACCUAAUUGUAAAAGUUCCUCCUUACCACGACCAGAAUAUCACUUCUCCUGUGUCAGUGGUGAUGUUUGUGGUUACUAAUGCAGGCCGAUCUCAUGAAGUACAGCCUUUCACAUACACUCCGGAAGCAGGUAAUUACCCCACACGUUCCACUAAAAUACUGUGGCAGUAAGUUGCUCAGUUUGCAUACUUUAAAGAUGGUUUGUCAUGUUUGUUUAACCAUAGACUUUAUUCCCACAAUUUGGCUCAGCUUUGUUUGUUUGUUUGUUUGUUUUUCUUCAAAAAUAAAUCUUCCUUUUAGGAGGUUUUUUUCACAUACUGACAGCAAUUGGAGAAUGUUAGUUGGCUUCCUCUGCUGUGUAUCCGUGAUGACUUAAAGGACCACUAUAGUGCCAGGAAAACAUACUUGUUUUCCUGGCACUAUAGUGCCCUGAGGGUGCCCCCAACCUCAGGGACCCCCUCCCGCCGGGCUCUGGGGAGAGGAAAGGGGUUAAAACUUACUUUUCUCCAGCGCCGGGCGAGGAGCUCUCCUCCUCCUCUCCGCAUCCAAUCCUCCCUUUCGGCUGAAUGCGCAUGCGCGGCAACAGCUGCGCGCGCAUUCAGACGGUCUUAUAGGAAAGCAUUUACAAUGCUUUCCUUGGGACGCUUGCGUCUUCUCACUGUGAUUUUCACAGUGAGAAGCACGGAAGCGCCUCUAGCGGCUGUCAAUGAGACAGCCACUAGAGGCUGGAUUAACCCAUAGGUAAACAUAGCAGUUUCUCUGAAACUGCUAGGUUUAUAAAAAAAAAUGGGUUAACCCUAUAGGGACGAGGCACCCAGACCACUUCAUUACGAUGAAGUGGUCUGGCUGGCUAGAGUGGUCCUUUAAUAAUCAAGGUAGCCCAUGGUUACUUGAAAGAAAAAUGCAGAAUGUUUGUUUAAGCACUGAAAGCCAAAACUCUAACUGGAUGAUCCCCAGAUGUUGUGACACUACAACUCCUAUGAUGCUUUUAGAAUGACACAACAUGAUGGAUGCUGUAGUUUUAAAACAUCUGGUGAUCUACCCUUUGGGCGCCCCUGUUUUAGUAGUUCCUACAUGUCAUUAAAAAUAACUUUAAAACGGAUAAUGUUAUAUAGCCAGAUUAUACACCACGGGUGGCGUAUGAUAAAUUCAGAGAGUGCGCGGGAACUCUCGAGAUAUUCUCCCACACGCGCAGUGAGGCAGUAAGGGCUUUGUUUCUGCAUUGUCCGAGAAAAUAUCUGUCCCCCAGCAGUAUGCGUUAUUUUAUUACACGGAUUUAAACUUGAUAAAAGUGACGGGAAUAUAGAGUACUUUGUCCUAAAUAUAUUGGCAGUCUUGACGAAGUCUGUUAAUAAAAAAGAUUAAUAGAAUGCACAAAUAAAAUAAGCUAGCAAUGGUGGGUCUCCUUCCUUUAAUACAAAUACACUCCAGCUUGUUACUUCAGGCUAUCACCUUAUUAGUGUUAGACUUGUAAUAUUGAUCCUUAAACACAUACAUCUGCAGGGAUUUCUUUCCAGCUGUUCAUAAACAGGCAAAGCAUCAUGGGGGAUGUAGGAAAUGAUCACAUGGCAUGAAGUACUUAGAGAACUUCCUAUGGUUGCCCCUGGUAAACAUUAUCUGCUUUUUGCUGUUCAUGUUCCUGCCAAAAAAACAUAUUGGUAUAUGAUCAUUUAAUUGAUAUGAUAUGUUAAUGCACUGUUCCUUUAACAUGCUCCCUUAACAUCCUCUGUUCUUCCAUUGGCAGCCACCCCUGUUAAUGUUCUGGUAAAGAAUGAAAUACCGAGUCCAACACAGUCUUGUACUUUUGAAGACACUAUGAAAGGUAGUAAUUUUCUUUGAUUUUUACCCUUCCUUUUGGUAUUGAGUAUUGAGCGUGUGAGAUGCUGCUAAGGUGCCUUUCUCUGCAUCAUGCUUGUGUAUGGUCCCUAGCUGAGUUAUGACUAAGCUUGGCAUUCCAUAUUUUACAAUGAUGUAGAGUCAAUAGGGGCAGAAACAUUAGCCAUCACUGAUGCUAGCAAUUGGAACCUGCUAAUUCCCAGCCAGUACUAGGGUAAUGGGAUUCAACAGAGACUUGUUGCAACGGUGUCUGUUGUUAACGUAUUAAAUUGUGGUUCCGUUAGAGGUCUGUGCACUGGAUUUAGGUAAAAGCCACAUGAUUCCAAUAAAAUUACUGUCCAAAUGGCCCCUUCACACGUUUACUGAGGUUCUUAUGAGCCUGCAGUAGUUUGGCUAUGUGGACAAGCCAGUUGACUUGUUGAUUGUGUUUCUGUUAUGUCCCACCAGAGGGAGGCUGUUUGGGCACGAUGUGAUUGCAUUCUAACAAUUGCCAGGCUUUGUCCAAACUUUAAAGACAAGGUCUCUGCACAAGAUAUUAUGUGAUGGUUCUAAAUCCUAAAUUGCAAGGCAAGGAUAAUGCGAGGUGUGUGGUAUAGAAGCCAGCUGUCCAGCUAUCCAUCCACGUUAAUAAUACUACAAGGAAGCUGUGCGGUAUCAGCAUGGCACCAUCUUGUUGUGAUGGGUGGUAAUGCUACUUUAAUUGCCGUCAGACAUUUAAUCCGUGCUUAUAGAUAUGUGUGCGCUGAACCUUCUAUUUUAUUGCUCUUAGUAUAUUGGGAUAGUAAAGCACUCUGAUUUCCCAAUAAUUAAUGUGCUAUCUGGGAUGUCCAUUACAUCCACGCAUUUAGAAAAAAAAAAAAACUGUUCAUUAAAUGCUGGCUCUAAGGUCAUCUGGGAACAUGCCGCACCUCCUUCAUAAUAUGGCUGUUUACAUGUUGUGCCCUCUGGGCUCGGCAUGUGACCCUUGUUUUGGUAGGCUGAUAUGCUUUGCCAUUCUCACAGGAUGGGACUAUGGAAUGCAGGUUUGUGUGCGGUGGAUAUAAUGGAUUUGACUUGUGCGCUUGAAUAAAAGGGAGGCUGGGAAUGAAGAGGGCAAAUAACUUCCACUAAUUUCUUAAAUACACAAACAGUGGUGGGAAUUUCCAUAACUAGUAAAGCUUUCACAGUGUACAUGACAUGUUGAUGCAGAUUAGCACUGUUUCCCCAUUGUGGUAUUUCUGCACAGACAGCAAGCAAACAGCUCGCUUAGGACAGCUAGACAGACCAGGAAUAUUUGCCAAGGAUCUCCUAUUUGUAAUUCUUUUUACAUUACAUUAAAACCCCAGCGAGGCUCGGAAAAGGUUCCUGUUUUCCUGUCUGUGGUUGGCCAAGAAAAUAAUUCAGCUCAUAAUUUCUUGAAAUAGAACGCGCUUGCGAUUCUGCAUUCACAUUAAACCUGGAAUAGCUACCGGGCCAGUAACCCUUUAUUUCCCAGGCUAGCUACCAGGCCAGUAACCCUUUAUUUACCAGGAUCGCUACCGGGCCAGUAAACCUUUAUUUACCAGGAUAGCAACCGGGCCAGUAAACCUUUAUUUACCAGGAUAGCUACCAGGCCAGUAACCCUUUAUUUCCCAGGCUAGCUACCGGGCCAGUAACCCUUUAUUUACCAGGAUAGCUACCAGGCUAGUAACCCUUUAUUUCCCAGGCUAGCUUCCGGGCCAGUAACCCUUUAUUUACCAGGCUUGCCACUGGGCCAGUAACCCUUUAUUUACCAGGCUAGUUACCGGGCCAGUAACCCUUUAUUUCCCAGGAUAGCCACCGGGCCAGUAACCCUUUAUUUACCAGGAUAGCUACCGGGCCAAUAACCCUUUAUUUACCAGGGUAGCUACCGGGCCAGUAAACCUUUAUUUACCAGGAUAGCAACCGGGCCAGUAACCCUUUAUUUACCAGGAUAGCUACCAGGCUACCGGGCCAGUAAACCUUUAUUUACCAGGAUAGCAACCGGGCCAGUAAACCUUUAUUUACCAGGAUAGCUACCAGGCCAGUAACCCUUUAUUUCCCAGGCUAGCUACCGGGCCAGUAACCCUUUAUUUACCAGGAUAGCUACCAGGCUAGUAACCCUUUAUUUCCCAGGCUAGCUUCCGGGCCAGUAACCCUUUAUUUACCAGGCUUGCCACUGGGCCAGUAACCCUUUAUUUACCAGGCUAGUUACCGGGCCAGUAACCCUUUAUUUCCCAGGAUAGCCACCGGGCCAGUAACCCUUUAUUUACCAGGAUAGCUACCGGGCCAAUAACCCUUUAUUUACCAGGGUAGCUACCGGGCCAAUAACCCUUUAUUUACCAGGGUAGCUACCGGGCCAGUAACCCUUUAUUUACCAGGAUAGCUACCGGGCCAGUAACCCUUUAUUUACCAGGAUAGCUUACCGGGCCAGUAACCCUUUAUUUACCAGGAUAGCUUACCGGGCCAGUAACCCUUUAUUUACCAGGAUAGCUUUCCGGGCCAGUAACCCUUUAUUUACCAGGAUAGCUACCGGGCCAGUAACCUUUUAUUUACCAGGAUAGCUACCGGGCCAGUAACCCUUUAUUUACCAGGGUAUUUCUAUGUUUUCAUAGAUUUCCUGUAUAUUGCCUUUCUGCUGAGAAUGUACUAAUAUAGUGCCCUUCUGUGCCCAGCAUGCGCUAAUAUAGUGCCCUUCUGUGCCCAGCAUGCGCCUUAUCAGAGGUGCUCUCACAAUGAUUGGAAAAUGGAAAGUCAGAUCUCAUGGUGUCAGGACAGAGCACAGAUGGAGAACAUGAGAGGUCCAUGCCUUAGUGUCUUCCUACAUUAUGCGGUUUACUGUUUUUGUUCAGGAUUUCUUGCCUGACUGCCGUCCAAACCUCUCACCCAUAGAAGGGUUCUCUUAGAAUCGGGAUAAAGUCAUAGGCUUGGCUGUGGAGCAAGUCAUAAUUGUCCUCUGUGAUCAGCGAUUAUUUCAUUUCUGAGCUGUACUUCUCAUUGAAAUGUAGCAGACUUGUUACCAUGCCACUUCUGUCUGACAUCACACUUUUUUAGUCUGAACGCAGCUGGAAUGAAAGAUUAAUGCAUCAGAUUUCCAUAUAGUCCAUUCCAGACAGAAUUACUGUGAUGGUUCUGUUUAGCUUCCUUGUGGGAUCUGGUCCAUACCUGGAAUAUGUUGGACAAAGUGCAUGCAGCACACACAGGCGGAGUCAGGUCCUAUAGAACGCUGAUCAGUAAUGUUAUCUCCAGUUGUAAUGAUCAUGUGAUGUCACCUUUUGGGGUGUGUGGGUAUAAUGGAAUGAUAGCUGAGCAUAAUAACCAUGAAUACAAAUCACCUUAUUGGCUCAUGGAUGCUAGAUGCUGCAUUAUUAUAUCAGAAUCUUUGUAUGUAUCUCAUUGUAGUUUCUAUUUGUCUUCUCCUUGCAGUGGUUACCCCAUCUGGCCAUAACCUGGAACAGGUGAAUCUGAUUCCUAGUGCUCGAGGCUCUCCACUUAAGUCAGGCAGUCUGAUCAAGAAUGAAGAUGUGGCCCCCAUGGACCUGACAGCAGAGCAGAGAUCUUCGCCUGUGUACAAAGUGGGUUUAGCUCUUUUGCCUUAUAAACAGUACAGAACAAACUGGGUCAAUGUGUGUAAAGAGCAAUUCAGGGACAAAGUUCUAAAUGUCUGCUGUAGAGAAAUCAGCAGGAUCAAUCACCAUGGAAACCUAUGGAAUAUUCCUGCUGAUGGUGCUGUUGGUAUGUUGUCCAAGAAUUGCUCUUUAAAAUAAUUAAAAUCCUACUGGGUCACAGUAAGUACUCUGUGACCACUUUUUUUUUUUUUUAACUGAAUGUAAUUUUAUCAAAUCUUUUGUUUUGUUUUUAUUAUGAGCAUGUUAAAGGAUCACUAUAGGGUCAGGAACACAAACCUGUAUUCCUGACCCUAUAGGACUAAUCCUACCAUGUAGGUAGCUUGCCACCCCCUUAGCUCCACUAUGAAAUGUAAAACUCCCCUUAAUUCCAGUGCAGCGCGGGUCUGCCAGUGCUGGCUCCGCCCCCUUUGUGACAUCAAAAUGGCAGUUUUUUUGCCAAUCCAAUGCUUUCCAAUAGUGGCAGACUGAAUAAGGAUGAAAGGGGGUUAACAAAAGAGCUAACAAUUAUAUAUGUAUAAUAUAUUAUAUUAUAAAAUAAUUAAAGCAUUUUAUAAUAUAUUAUACAUAUAUAAUACAUAUAUAAUGCAGAUAUAUAAACCUAUAUUUCAAAAUACACUUAUAAUGAAAUUAUAUAUGGAUAAUAUAUUAUAAAAUGCUUUAAUUAUAAUAUAUUAUAACGUAUACCCUUAAUGGAAGCGAAUAUCAUUUUGCCUCUUUAUAAAUCACUGGUAAGACCACAUAUUAAAUAUGCUGUGCAAUUUUGGGCACCUGUUCUAAAGAAGGAUAUUAUGGCACUAGAAAAAGUGCAGAGGCGGGCUACUAAAUUAAUAAAAGGAAUGGAACAUAUCAGCUAUGAAGAAAGGUUAACAAAUUUAAACCUAUUUAGUUAAGAAAAACGUCGCCUGAGAGGGGAUAUGAUAACAUUAUACAGAUAUAUUCAGGGCCAAUACAAACCGGACUUUACAUUUUGCCAUGUUUGUAUUGAACACACCAUGUAAACAUUCACAGUGCAGGUGGAAAAAGUAUGUGAACCCCUAGACUAAUGACAUCUCCAAGAGCUAAUUGGAGUGAGAUGUCAGCCAACUGGAGUCCAAUCAAUGAGAUGAGAUUGGAGGUGUUGGUUACAGUUCUGGGUUUGCUUUUCACAAGAAGCAUUGCCUGAUGUCAAUGAUGCCUCGCACAAAAGAGCUCUCGGAAGACCUACGAUUAAGAAUUGUUGACUUGCAUGAAGCUGGAAAGGGCUAUAAAAGUAUCUCCAAAAGCCUUGCUGUUCAUCAGUCCACAGUAAGACAAAUUGUCUAUAAAUGGAGAAAGUUCAGCACUGCUGCUACUCUCCCUAGGAGUGGCCGUCCUGUAAAGAUGACUGCAAGAGCACAGCGCAGACUGCUCAAUGAGGUGAAGAAGAAUCCUAGAGUGUCAGCUAAAGACUUUCAAAAGUUACUGGCAAAUGCUAGCAUCCCUGUUAGCGAAUCUACAAUACGUAAAACACUAAACAAGAAUGGAUUUCAUGGGAGGAUACCACAGAGGAAGCCACUGCUGUCCAAACAAAACAUUUCUGCACGUUUACAGUUUGCACAAGAGCACCUGGAUGUUCCACAGCAGUACUGGCAAAAUAUUCUGUGGACAGAUGAAACCAAAGUUGAGUUGUUUGGAAGAAACACACAACAAUAUGUGUGGCGAAAAAAAGGCACAGCACACCAACAUCAAAACCUCAUCCCAACUGUGAAGUAUGGUGGUGAGGCAUCAUGGUUUGGGGCUGCUUUGCUGCAUCAGGGCCUGGACGGAUUGCUAUCAUCGAAGGAAAAAUGAAUUCCCAAGUUUAUCAAGACAUUUUGCAGGAGAACUUAAGGCCAUCUGUCUACCAGCUGAAGCUCAACAGAAGAUGUGUGUUGCAACAGGACAAUGACCCAAAGCAUAGAAGUAAAUCAACAACAGAAUGGCUUAAACAGAAGAAAAUACGCCUUCUGAAGUGACCCAGUCAGAGUCCUGACCUCAACCCGAUUGAGAUGCUGUGGCAUGACCUCAAGAAAGCGAUUCACACCAGACAUCCCAAGAAUAUUGCUGAACUGAAACAGUUCUGUAAAGAGGAAUGGUCAAGAAUUACUCCUGACCGUUGUGCACGUCUGAUCUGCAACUACAGGAAACGUUUGGUUGAAGUUAUUGCUGCCAAAGGAGAUUCAACCAGUUAUUAAAUCCAAGGGUUCACAUACUUUUUCCACCUGCACUGUGAAUGUUUACAUGGUGUGUUCAAUAAAAACAUGGCAACAUUUCAUUCUUUGAGUGUUAUUAGUUUAAGCAGACUGUGAUUGUCUAUUGUUGUGACUUAGAUGAUGAUCAGAUCACAUUUUAUGACCAAUUUGUGCAGAAAUCCAUAUCAUUCUAAAGGGUUCACAUACUUUUUCUUUCAACUGUAACUGCUUGAUCCAAGGAUAAAUCUGACUGCCAUUCUGGGGUCAAGAAGGAAUUUUUUUCCUAGCUUGUUGCAAAAUUGUGCUUCAAACGGUUUUUCUUUUGCCUUCUUUUGGAUCAACAGCAAAAAACAAAUGUGAGGAAGGCUGAACUUGAUGGACGCAAGUCUCUUUUCAGCUAUAUAACUAUACAUAUAUAGGAAAUACAAGUGUUUAUGUGUAUACACCCACACACGUAUUAUAUAUAUUCUACAUAUAUAUUUAACUAUUAACUACAUAAUUAUUUUAUUAAUUAUAAUUUGAUGGUCCUUUUUGACAACCCAGGCAGAUAGUGCAGAGAAUUUAAUUGGCAAGCCCUAUAUUUAACCCCGUAACUUUCCAAACACCAUACAACCUUUACAUGGGGCGUAUUGUUAUACUUGGGAGACUUCACUAAACACAGAUAUGAGCGUUUUAAAAAGUAAAACUUAUCACGACAAUAUCACCACCAGUAAAAGUGCAGUUUUUGGUUUUUUUAAAAGAAAAUGCAAAAAACAAAUAAAAACGCUAACUUUGGCCAGCGUUUGUGACUAAGUGGCUACUACAAAAGACUGGAAAUACCCAAUUUUAAAUACCAUGCAUGGGUUGUCUACAUUUGAAAAUGGUAUGCCAUGAAGGGAUUAAUUCACAUUCCUGGGCUACCAUAGGCAACAUAGACCCAGCAAACCAAUCUGGCAAACUCAUUGGUUAAGCCCUAUAUUGAUCCUGUAACUUUCAAAAACACUAUCAAACCCGUACAUGGGGGGAAUUGUUAUACUCGGGAGACUUUGUUGAACACAAAUAUGAGUGUUUAAAACAGAAAAACGUAUCACAACGAUGAUAUCCCCAGUAAAAGUGCAGCUUUUGUUUUAAAAAAAAACAAAAAAAAAAUAUGAACGCAAACUUUGUCAAGCGUUUGUGGCUAAGUAGCUACUAUAAAAGACUGGAUAAUACCCCAUUUUGAAUACCCUGGGUUGUCUACUUUUACAAAUGCUAUGUCAUGGUGAGGUUAAUUUUCAUUUCUGGGCUGCCAUACCGUCUCAAAGGCAACAUAGCCAAUCUGGCAAAUAGUAAUUUACAAAAACAGAAAUUGGCAAAUCUUAUGUUUAACCCUGUAACUUUUCAAAUCACCAUAAAACCUGUACUUGAGGGGUUCUGUUGUACUCAUGAGACAUUACUCUACACAAAUAUGAGUGUUUUGGAGCAGUAAAUGUAUUAUACUGAUAAUAUCUUCGGUGAAAUGGCAGUUUGUGUGAAAAAUGCAAAAAAAACAAAUAGAAAUGCUAAUUUUGGCCAGUGUUUGUGACUAAAUGGCUACUACAAAAGACUGGACAUUCCCCCAUUUUGGAUACCGUGGGUUGUCUACUUUUACAAAUGGUAUGCCACGAUGGGGUUAAUUUUCAUUCCUGGGCUGCUAUACGGUCUCCAAGGCAACAUAGGCCCAGCAAACCAAUCUGGCAAAUUUCAAUGCGCAAACAUGGAAAAAGGGAAAGCCCUACAUUUGACCCUUAUAUGUCUGCAAAAACCCAUAAAACCUGUACAUUGGGGGCACUGUUGUACUCAGGAGAUGUUGCUAAACACAUAUUGGGGGGGUUCUUUGUCAGUAACACAUAUCAGGAACUAAGAAUCCAUGCCUAAAUUACAAUGUGAGAGAAAAAUAACACAAAAAAAUCACUACCCAAAAGGUUGACAAAGGCUGGAUGUAGAAUUAGUGCAUGAAAAGUGUGAAAAUACCACCAUUUAAAAUACCCUAGGGCAGGGGUAGGCAACCUACGGCACUAGUGCCAUGCACUGCACUCAAGGCUGCUAGAGCCAAACGUGCUCUGGCCUAUCCGCAGUCCCAGUAAAACUUCAGAUAUCUGCUAAUACGAAGAGGUGGUGAAGGACAAUCCUCAAUUUAUGCAUUGCAGCAUGUAGAGGAAGUGAUCUCAGAGCACUUCAUUCCAGCUCUUGUGAAUGGGAAUCCACACAGUAGUAGAGCAGCUCGCAGUUGCUGUUGCAGCUACUGUCCUUGACCUGUACCUGGCUGGCCUGGUCCCCACUGGAACCCAGGGAAGCCACCCACACUGCUAGAUAUACACAGAAAUGCAGAAUAACCCUCCCCUCAUACAAAUAAUACAGACAGCCCACACACAAACAUACACACAAUCCGCUUAAACGCAACACCACUAACAAUCCACAUACAUGCACACAACCCCACAUGCAGCCUCUCACAUGCAAUACCCCAAACAGCCCCCGCACCCUACCAAACACACAAUGUGACAUAUCCAUCAACACACACAAUUCCACAAGCAGCCCCCAUACACAGCCCACAUUCAUAUGUAUCAUACACAAUACCAUAAACUACUCAUGAACAUAUACAAUAUAGCUCAAAUACGCACAAAUACAACAAUACAAAGCAGUUACAGUAAAAAUAACACAAGCAGAAUACGGCAACAUACACACUUCAAUUUAAAAAAAAAUAGGACCGGCACGCUACGGGACAUCACAAUCCUAUAUCAGCACAGUGCUGCUAAAAAUUGCCUACCCCUGCCCUAGGGUGUCUACUUUUCAAAAAUAUAUGGUUUGAUGGGGGUAAAUUACAUUGGCCGGCUUCAAAAAUGUCCCAAAUAGGACAUGGGUGCAUAAUGACCAGCUGAGAAAAUUCUAAGUUGGAAAACUGGAAUUCGCACCCUCCAAAUAAGGUCUUUUAGCCCUCAGAGAAACUGACACACCUAUACAUGGGUGGUAUCACUGUACUCCGGAGAUGUUGCUGAACACAUAUUGUUCUUUGGCAGUAACACUUAAAGUUCUCAGUACAUAUAUUCUUAAAUUGCUAUGUGUGUCAAUAAAAUCACCAAUUAUUUUGUUUUGUUUUUAGUUUUAAUACAAGUUUAAUACCUUAGGUUGUCUUCUUUUAAAAAAUAUAUACAUAUGAAGGGUUAUUCAGGGAUUCCUGACAGAUAUCAGUGUUACAAUGUAACUUGCGUUAAUGUUUUUUUUUGGGGGGGGGGGGAUGGUUUGGAAAUAUCAAAGUGCUACUUGUACUUAUUGCCCUAUAACUUUCCAAAAAAAGCUAAGAACAUGUUGACAUUGGGCAUUUCUAAACUCAGGACAAAAUUGUGAAACUAUUUAUCAUGGGUGUUUUUGGCGGUUGUAGAUGCGUAACAGUUUUUGGGGGUCAAAAUUAGGGGGAAAAUGUCUUUUUUUUUUUUACAUUUUUUCAUCAUAUUUUAUAAUUCUUUUUAUAGUAAAUUAUAUAAUAUGAUUAAAAUAAAGGUAUCUUUAGAAAGACCAUUUAAUGGUGAGAAAAAAGGUAUAGAAUAUGUGUGGGUACAGUAAAUGAGUAAGAGGAAAAUUACAGCUAAACACAAACAAAGCAGAAAUGUAAAAACAGCCCUGGUCCCAAACGGUAAGAAAAUUGUAGAUUAUGCUAACGUAGUGUACCUAUAAUCUUAAUUUUAAAGGGACACUAUAGUCACCAUAACAACUACAGCUUAUUGAAUUUGUUCUGGUGAGUAGAAUCAUUCCCUUCAGGCUUUCUGCUGUAAACACUGUCUUUUCAGAGAAAAUGCAGUGUUUAUAUUACAGCCUAGUGAUAACUUCACUGGCCACUCCUCAGAUAGCUGUUAGAGAUCCUUCCUGGGUCAUGGCUGCCUAAAAUGCAUCCAAACAUUCAGUGUCUCCACCCUCUGCAUGCAGACACUGAACUUUCCUCAUAGAUAUUCAUUGAUUCAAUUCAUCUCUAUGAGGAGAUGCUGAUUGGCCAGGGCUGUGUUUGAAUAAUGCUGGCUCUGCCCCUGAUAUGCCUCCUUGUCAGUCUCAGCCAAUCCUAUGGGGAAGCAUUGUGAUUGGGUCAGGCUACCACCUUUGAUGAUGUCAGCAGACUGCUUGUUUUUCUGAGUCAAACAGCAUGCAGAUUUACAGCUUCAGGCAUUGAAUACAGUAAGAUUUUGCUAUAUUUGUGGAGGCAUGAGGGGCCCAGGGGGGCUAGAUGGUGGUUUUAACACUAUGGGGUCAGGAAUACACGUUUGUGUUCCUGACCCUAUAGUGAUCCUUUAAUAAUGACAGGAGGCAAGUAUUUUGCAUAACUUUCUUUGCUUAUGCCUCUAGCAGCACAAGUCAAUCAAUAAACUUUAAACCAACCAGUAACAGGUAUCAUAUCCAUAUAUAAAGCCCUGACAGACACAUGACUUCCUCUUUCUUUGAUGCGAAAACAGUCUAUACCAACAUCAGGGAACAUAACCAAAGUCCCGAAUAACAUGUAGAACUCAAACUUGAUCCGAAAUGUGAUGUAUUCCAGCUUGUCCAAUGAUGAUCACACUGAAAAGAACAGAAAUACAUGAAAGGUGAUGGGAACAAACUGUUGUCCACCUUAAGUCCAAUACCACUAUAUAUAUUUUUUAAUUAUAAUGUAACAUAUCGUACAAACUUCUAACAUCAUGUAACAAACCAACAAAGAUUAAGCGGACAUCAACCAGAUUAAACAUCCUAUAAAUAUUCAGAAGUAGAUAGGAAUUACAAAAUAUGAUACUGUGAACAUGGGAAACAGUGAAAACAAAACUAAGGAGGGAAAAUGCUCGCCUCCUGUCGUUAUUAAAAUUAAUUAUAGGUACACGAAGUUAGCAUAAUCUACAAUUUUACAACAUGACAGGAGGCUUCAUAUUUUGCAUUUUUAACGCUGUGGAAAGAACACAAGAUGCGUGAAGAGUCUGAUGAGGUAAAAUGCCCUGAAGGUCUCUUCCUGCGAUCAAACGAAGAAAAUUGGAGAUGCCAGAGAUGCAUCCAUGCCCCGAAUGACCGAUAAAACCAAUCUCCACAACCCUAUGAACAAUAGCCAAUGUACCCAUCCAGCUAAAGUGGUGGCUGUAACUGGUAUGAAAGGUACUGUAUACAAAAAGAGAGGCUGGCUCGAUUGUGAAGGCCGAAGAGGUGUAGACACCACCACAUAACAUGAAAGUAGUAUGAGCUUCCCCGAGAGUUUGUUGACGUGAAAAUCCAAAACAACUGGCCAAACCCACAGGGAACAGAGAUCUACAUACCAUAACCGAGUGUAUUUCGAUACUGGUUCUGGGUAAUAUGACGCCUCGUGACCUACCAAAGGUUCUGAAGUGGAAUGUGAGCUGCCAAAGUCUCCGAUGGUAUCUUGUGGGUUUUUCAGUAAAAUGGAAGACGGUGGAAGGAGCAAUGGAAAGUCCAGAGAUGGAGUAAAUAGGUCUGGGAAGCCCCUCUGCUUUUGCCGUAGGGGCGAGGUGAGCGUCACCUAGGUCUCCGCUGUGCCAAGGUGAUCAAGGACUCUCGUCAACAUUGAAAAGGUGGCAUGCGUUUGCCCUUUGCAAUGGCCCAGGUUGGAGACAUGCGUCCUCUGUUCGCAUUGAUGUCUGCCCAUGCGGUUUAUGUAUAAAGUCGCUGAGAUAUUGUCCAUGUGUAGGAGAAUACAACAAUCAGACAUGUCCUUGGCUUGCUGUAGGUCGCAGAUGAUCCCACCAUCAGUCGUCUCCUCCCCAGACCAUGGGCCUCUGGUAGGAGUAUGUGCAGUGAUCUUCCCAGCCAUAGAGGCUGAUGGUCGAAAGUCCAGGCCUGUGUAGCCCCUAGAUGCUGUCGCCGUUGCAGAUGGUGAGUAGCUCUCUUCUGGAACAAUAGCUGGAGCGCAGCUCUCCGCCUGUGUUGGAGUGUGGUCUCCUGCCGCCGCUGGAGUUGAAAUGUGGCUCUGUGCUCUGGCAAUUGGGAAGGGCUCUAGCGCCUGUUGUUCUUUGGCUUGGGUUUGUUUGUUAGGAGAGGCCUGUCGAGAGUGGCUUUUGUCCUCGUGCUUGAUCUUUAGUCUGCAGCGAGGCUGUCGCCAUGUGCCUUUCCAGUCGGGCCCAGAAAUCCUGGAAUAUUGCCGCCAGCCUCUGCUGGGGGCUCUCCAUGCGGCUGCUUUCUGCAGUACAAGUUGGUAUCAGGCUCUGCUUUGUGGUGUAAGGCCUUCCCGCCAUUUUAGCAGGCAUGGUUAUGUGCUCUUUAGUUACAGGUGUUGUCCGUAAUGGCAUCAGGACGGAGUGUUAUAAAAAGAGUUUUGAUUCAAGUGAUCCAAAUAUAAUUUUGCCUCUUUACAAAUCCAUGGGAAGACCCCACUGUGGCAGAAAUGCCUCUGCCACGUGUUUUUAGAGGGACCUGCUGGCUAGCCUACUGCCCAAAGACUAUGGGCCCUGCAAAAACCAUGUUAAAAGACUUUGUUCGUGCCAUGUCCUUAUACUGUUCGGGAACUGAACAGAUGUACGUCCCAUGGACCACCCGGGAGCUUGUUAAACCCUAUUAAAACCUUAUAACGGUUCUCAUCUCAGUGUUCUAAUUGUCCGUCUGAGUGGCCGCAAUUCGUAUGGACGACCACGAAGUGGCGGCUAUCUUGUUCGCAUGAACGCAGGCAGUAGUGUUUGGUCAUCGAGUUCAUGGAACUAAAAUCGGACACUGAAACUCCCAAACACCGUAAAUCCUAGAAGAGCACUGUUCGGUGGAAUUGUUCGUCUGAAUGAAGGAAACAAGCUCCACGGUUCAUAUAUAAACUACGUUUGAUAAUUCUUUCAUUUUUAUGUUACUGAAGUUCAAAAAAAGUGACUUCCAUGAAAAACCCAAACCCCUGAACCGAUCAGGGUGAUUUUUGGAUAUGUUGAUCACCCAGAUCGGGGCUGUCAGGGGAUGUGACUUUUGUGAGGUUUUUAUAUAUUUUGGGGGGUACUUUUGGGGUGUUUGUACAUUGUGUGUUUUCUGUACCUGGAGAUAAUUGGGUUAGUACAGUCCCUGACUCAAUUAUCUCUCAGGCACAGGGGAGGGAUUACCCUGUGAUUUUUGUGGGAAACAUGGGCUUGUGCAUAAAAGGCUGUGUGUGGCCCUGAAUAAAACAGACUACUCCCAGCAUUAUGCCUCGGCUCAUGUGUGGGGGGGGGAACAGCUUGCUCUUUUACUGGCUAAACUCCAAUUCUCUCUUGGAGGAGAGAUCUUCCCACUGGGAGCUGGAUCCAGGUGUUGGUCCAGUGUAGGAAGGGACGGCGAGAUCCCAGCUAAGCUAAGGGAGGCUACAGUGCUUUUGGUACUCAGCGUCUAUUAGGAAGCGUGAUUGGCGGAGGUACCCAGUCGGGGUACCAGGCGGUCCGCCACACCCACCUUGAGUACGCGGUGCAAUUUUGGGCACUGUUUUUUUUGUUUUGUUUUACAUUUUUGUUGUACAUAAGUAUGACAGAUAAGCUGGUGAUGCCACAACAGCAGACACAGGCAUUUCAAAAGGCAUAUUACUGUGGCAUGUAAUUGAACUGCACAUUUUUAGUAAUAGGAUAAUGUAAGCCAUGUCAUAUAUUGAAAGGCAAGGCGAUUAACUGAAACAUACUGCGUUGGCUGACAUUGAUAUAGUCAAAGAGAAGAAGGUAAGUUAACACGCUAAACUAUGGUACUUCCAUAGCGCUAUGUGAGGACCUCCAGCGUCGCUGAAAUGCCCAUAGUAAAACAUUGAAUAAUAAUGAAUGCCGCGCAUGCGCAUUAGGUCUCCUGACGUUGGCGGAGGGACAUCAGCGCUUGACUCUGGUAAGUCGCUGAAGGUGUUUUGACCCCUUCAGCAACUUGGGAUGGGGCGUGGGAGGAAGAGGGGCACUAGAGAUUCCCUUUAAGGACGCAGCUUCAGAAGCUGAACAUACCUUUAAUGACACAAGCUAUUUUUGCAUUUUUUGCUGUUUGUGUUCAACUGCAAUUUGAAUAUCUCUCAUUUAUUACAUUAACACAUUAAAUACCGUUUUUCUAAAGGACAAAAUGGGCAGUUUAUUAUUAAAAAUAUUUUUAAAAAUUAAAAUUUUUUUUUUAAAAACACCUUUUCUUUUCACAGUUUUGGCAAAAUUAGUGUGUGAGUAAUAUGUCCAGCUUAGGAAAAAGUUAUUGAAAAUUAAUUUAUGUGUCGUGAUUUACCCAGUGCAUAAUAUGUAUAGGAUUUCAGCUUCACAAAAUACAAGGAGUAAUAUAAAAUUUCAAUGUGAAACAAUUUAAGAAGUUGGUAUGUUUGACUUGUAAGUUUAAUAGUCGUCACAGAAAACAAAAUUGCUACACAAAGGUAUAUAUUUAUAUAAAGUAGACAUCACAGGCUAUUUAUCGAAGGGUAUUUUGACUUUUUUCAUAGCCGUUUCACCAUCAAUCUCUGCUAAAUAUUGUAGUAAAAUUGUGUUUUUUCUGUUUUUUGACAUACAAACAUAUAACAAGAUUUUUUUAAAUGUGUAUUUUGUAAAGCUGUUGUGUGCUAUUCCUGGUCAAAAUCCUAUAUUGUGUUCAGCUUCAUCUGCGGAGUACAACAAUACCCCCAUUGUAUGCCUUUGCUACUGUUCUGGGAAGCUACAAUGACAUGUAAGAGGCAAGACUAUUUCAGUUUCUACAGUUAGAAAAUUCAAAGAUGGAUUGGAUGGACCUAUGUCUUAUAUUGGGGCAUUAUCGUAGUUUGGUUUGGUUGUUCAAAUGACCACACAAAGACCUUCCAUUCGUGAAAGUAGACACUCCAGGGUAUCUCGUAUGGCAUAUAUUGUGCCUUAAGAUGUCGUAAUUUUUUUACCGUUAUAUGGCAGUUUGUGGUAAAAUAUUUCUCGCAUUUUUUACUUAAAGGACCACUAUAGUGCCAAACUAGUUUUCCUGGCACUAUAGGGUCUUUAGGUCCCCCCUACCCUCAUGACCCCACCUGGCUGAAGUGGGAGGAAAGGGUUAAACCCUUACCUUUCUUCAGCACCGGGCGCUGGGGACUCUCCUCCCUCUUCCGACAUCAUCCUCCGAAUGCGUAUGAGCGGCAAGAGCCGCGCGCGCAUUCAGUCAGUCCAUAGGAAAGCAUUCUCAAUGCUUCUCACUGUGAAAAUCAAUGAAAAAGCCACUAGAGGCUGCAUUAACCCAUAUGUAAACAUAGCAGUUUACAGCAGGCAGGGUUAAACCUAGAUGGACCUGGCAGCCAGACCACUUCAUUGAGCUGAAGUGGUCUGGAUGCCUAUAGUGGUCCUUUAAGCAUUACAUUUGUGCUGGGCAUUAUGUAUAUUUGAUAUGUUCCAUCAUGAUCAAAUACUCAAAAUUAUACUCUGCUAACUCUUCUGAGUAAAACAACACCUCCAAUGUAUGACUUUGACACUCCAAUGUAUGACUUUGACACCUCUUUAAGAGGUUCCCGGAUUCCAUUUUGUUUUAUGCUGUUUAUUUUGUUUUUAUGCAUAGGAUAUGGCACGACGUUCUUGAGCUUUGGGUUCAGUACCAGUAGAAAUACUAUUUCAUGACUGGCCUGAAUAUAGAAUAACUCACCCCACUUUUCUAAGCCUGGCAUAGUCAGUACUAUCGUGGUUGCCUAGCUUGUUUCCUUGAUCAUAAUCAUCAUUACUCGUCAGCUCUUAUCAUCAUGUCUAGAAAGCCAGCCUAAGAAUUUAAAUGCCUAUCACUCAUAAUAUUCAGCGUUUCCCUUCUGACAAGAUGUCUUACCAGCUAGAAACAUUUAGACAUGCUAGCUGUACUUGUUAGAUUUUGUUUUUUUUCCCUAAAUGUAAAAGGUACAGUAUUUCAUGCCAUUUCUUACUAUGUUUCCACCUUAUGCUUGUUGAUUAUGCUCAUGAGGAAUGCCUAUGUAUUCUGUUUGUUACGCUGUGCACUAUAAAAAUAAAGAAUAUAUAUUUAAAAAAAAAAAACCCGCAAAGAAACCCUGACAGAACCUUGGCGUGGGAUAAUUUUUUCGCUAGUUAGUACCAAGUCUAGUAGUAGUAAGCAUUUUCUCUGCCUUUUUGACACUUUGAGAUUUUACUGCAUAGUUUGCAAUCCUUAGGUGUGCUACGGCAGUAUAACGCUUCAUAUGUCGCUCAGCUUUUUCGUCUGAGUACAGCAUUACUUCCGCGUGUACCUUUCCCAGGUAUAUGUGGAUGUUGAAGGUGCAAAGUUGAGACUCUGCCAAUUCAGGUUUUUUUCAAACUUGUAUUUUUUACGCUGGGUCCAUGUCCUAUUUUGGGGCAUUUUAGCAAGUUGCUGUAGAAUCAGGCAAAUAUUAAUGGGUCAAACUGAGGCACUGUCUGUCACCUCUGAAUCCGUAGUCAGAAUUCUCUAAGCCUCUUGGGCACUGAAUUUCCUAAGCAUUUUGAACUUUUUACACAAGAACUUUAACAAAAAUUUUAUUUUUUUUGUGGAUUUUUUUAUUUGUAUUUUUACCCCUAGCAUACAUACUAAACUCCCCAAUUUUUUCAACUAUCAACCACCCCAAUUAACUAAAUACAAGUAAAAAAAUUUAAAACAAAAAUUAAGUCAGCGGUCAGAUAAUAGAAGAACUACAACAAAAAUAUUAAUUGUGAGAGGGACAAUCAGGACAAUAAAAACUGGUCUCUGUUCGAAUGCCCCUCUGGUAACACAACCUGCACCUUUUCUGGAGGGUCUUUUUUGGGGGUUGUUGGGAUCCAAAAGCAGUAGUGACCUGUCUAAAUACCUCUGCUGCUAGGCCCUGAUGAUGGCUCCCCACUGUGGCACUCAGUGAGCAGCACAGAAAUUAGCUGAAACUGAAAUGUAAGAAAAUUACUUUCAGCUGAGGAUUUGCCUUUCUGAAAAGGAUGAAUGCAUUGUGAGUAGCCAUUUGCAGUAAAUAAAUGCCCUUUUUCUCAUACCAGGCCCUGGUCUUUCUCAUUAUCAGAUAUUGCUGCAGCAGUUGAUCAGACAAGUCAACUCCCCCCAUGUGUUUAUUGUAUUGCUUAAAGGACCACUCUAGGCACCCAGACCACUUCAGCUUAAUGAAGUGGUCUGGGUGCCAGGUCCAGCUAGGGUUAACCCAUUUUUUUUAUAAACAUAGUUUCAGAUAAACUGCUAUGUUUAUGAAUGGGUUAAGCCUUCCCCCUAAUCCUCUAGUGGCUGUCUCAUUGACAGCCGCUAGAGGUGCUUGCGUGCUUCUCACUGUGAUUUUCACAGUGAGAGCACGCCAGCGUCCAUAGGAAAGCAUUAUGAAUGCUUUCCUAUGUGACCGGCUGAAUGUGCGCGCGGCUCAGCCCAGGAGGAGGAGAGCUCCCCGCCCAGCGCUGGAAAAAGGUAAGUUUUUACCCCUUUCCCCCUUCCAGAGCCGGGCGGGGGUCGGGGUCCCUGAGGGUGGGGGCACCCUCAGGGCACUAUAGUGCCAGGAAAACGAGUAUGUUUUCCUGGCACUAUAGUGGUCCUUUAAAGCAGACAGACAGCCGUCUUGUUUCCCGUCUGCCACGAACUGCAACCCUGCGCGUGUGUUCACUGUGCAUGGUAGUCAGGAUAAACACCUCCUUUUCGUCUCUGUAUUUCAGAGCCAGCAGUUCGUCCUGGCAGAGAGCAGCCGUUUCCCCCUUUUUAAUUGUUUUCUCUGCCAGAGCCUUGGGGAAGCCAGUGCGUGUCUUGCGGAUAGCGCCGCAGACCACAGUCUCAAAACAAUAUAGCAUUUUCUGGAGGGGUAUGUUAUUGUAAUAAUUAUCAAGGUAGAGGUGGUACCCCUUGUUCAGUAGCGGGUUCAUUGGAUCCCAAACUAUUUUUCCGCUAGUCCCAACUACAUCAGGGCAACCUGGGGGAUCCCAGUGACUAUCUUUACCUUCAUAUACUCCGAAGGGAUAAACAUACCCACUGCCACUUUCACAUAACUUGUAUAGCUUGAUGCCAUACCGGGAUCUUUUGGCUGGGAUGUAUUGCUUGAACCCCAGUCUACCCUUGUACUUUGAGGGACUCGUCUAUACAUAUAUUUUUUGGGGGUGUAUAAGUUGUGCCAAACUCUUUAUUCAAAUGGGUAAUUAGGGGGCAAAUUUUAUAUAGUUUAUCAUACUGCGGAUGAUCUCUUGGGUGGCACUUUGAAUUGUCAUUAAAGUGCAAAAAACGCAGCAUUGAUUCGUAUCUGGGCCUACUCGUGGUCUGGGAGAAAAUGGGGGUAUUGCAUACUAGGUUUUUGGACCAGUACAUUCGAAUGCUGGGCAUUUUUUAUAAUGCCCAUUAGCAUGGUUUAGCAACUGUUUCAUUUCUGGCACACUGGUGAAGGGGGUUUUGAUACUUUAAAACACUUUUGUGUCUUUCAGGGACCAUCUCUCUCCACUUCACCACACACACACACAGAGGUGGAGGUAACGGUGAUCACUGUGACUGGCUGUCACAGCGAUUAUAUGUGCUGGGACAGCACUAUUGGCUGUUGCUGGUCUUUAUCAAACGCUGAGGCACCCAGCAACAGCGUUAACGCCACGGUCGCGGUGAUCUGGCGUUAACUUUAGUAAAUGACAGAAAUUUUCUGACAAGCGUCCUUAAGGGUAGGUCUGUCUUGACAGAAAAUUGCGGCAAGCGUCGUUAAGGGGUUAAGGAUAUUAUUGAUAUGUAUGUAAACACGUUGUUGAUCCAAGGAAAAAUCUGAUUGCCAUUAUGUAGUCAAGAAGGAUAUAUUUUCCCUUGUGGCAAAUAGCUACAAUUUAGAUGUUGUUUUUUUUGGGCUUGUUUUUGUUUUUGGCCUUCUUUUGGAUCAAAAGCAUAAAAGAAUGGGCUUCACGGUUGAACUUGAUGGACUUUUUUCAACCUAGACUACUAUGUAAGUAUUCAUCCUCUACAUUUGUGAAAUGCCUGUAUAAAUAAAAUUACAUUUUGUAUCAUUUACCAACAAUCUGUUUACUUAAAUGGUUGUAUUUUUCUUAUGUCAUGUGUUUCCAUGUAUUUUUAAACAAAAAUGGCAGUGAAUUUAUUUAGGACACACCAAUAUAUAAUUUGCAGCAUGGAAAUUCCAAACUAGAUGUUGUUUCAGAGAGAGAGAGAGACACAUACUCUUUGGUGCUAAUAUUAAUCAUCUUUGUUCUGGUUUGUCCACAGACAUCAAAAAUUACUGCACCAGCUCAGCAGAAUUUGGAGCCUGUGCCCAGUAGCGCCUCGUUUUCUCCUACUGUAACACAUCUACCAUCUGAAACUGACCGAGAGACCCCAAUCCCGGUCUUCAGCCCUGAACCCCUUUCCACCAUCCAGACUCAAGAUAUCGCAGCAACAAACAGCUUCCAGACUCCUCCCAGCCAGUGUCCGAGCAAUGACUCCAUCAUGCAACAAGCAACAACAUUUCAAGCCAUGGAAUCCCAGUCCGGAGAGAAUAUAACCCAAAUGUCAGAGGCCACACAGCCACCACCACAGCUGCCAUUACAAGAACAAGCACAGACAAUACAGCAGCAAAUCUCCCCAGGCAUUUUCUCAUCACCAAACAACAUCAACCAGUUACAGAGUAAUAUGCAUCAGCUGCAGCAAAGCAGCUUUCAACCAAACGUCACUGGAAACAAUGCAGAGGUUCAUUUAGUACAACAGUUAUCACACGUGCUCUUCUCUGGCCAAGGAGGGAGCGAAAGUGAACCGUCUUCAAUAGGACAAGUACAGGAGCAGCUGAAUGCUGGGAUAUUUCAGCCGGUCAGUUCCAUCCAGAACAGUUCAGGACCUGGGAUUUUUGGUUCCCCAGAAUCCGUUCAUUCUUUAUCCAAAACCGUGCUUUCUGGAAGGACUGAUAAUCUCCUACAGCAGGCUGAAAACUCCUUGUCCAAUCAGCAGCAGGCUAUGGAGACCACCGCGGCCCUCGUAAUGGAAAUGCAUCAGUCUCCUGGACCAAUUCAAUCUGAACUUUUCCAAACGCAGAAUUCUGGAGCCGGGGGCAUCCAGUCCUCAGUUUACCAACACCAGCAGGGAUCACACUUGAUCAGCGGGCUCUCCACAAGUGAAGAGAUGCAGAUGCAGUGUGAUCUAUUCUCUAAUCCUGGUAUUUCCGCAAGUGAAGGCAACGCUGGACAGCAGCAGUUGCAGCAGCAGUUAUCGGCUUCAACACCUGGUAUCUUCCAGCCUUCCAGCUCUGCCAACAGCGAGAACACAUCGACGCAGGCAGAACAAAUGCAGAACGACGUCUUUCAAAAUAUGGUUCAGAUGCAACAUAGUGGAGAAAACCAGACUCAAGUAAAUCUCUUUUCACCAGCAGAAGACAUGCUUGGGGUUCAGCCUAGUGGGAACCAGCAGCAGGGAAAUGGCAUUUUUCAACAAGCUGGUGAUAUGAUGACGAUUCAGUCAGGUGGCUUUCUGCAGCAGUCUCCUCAUUCCCAUGCUCCACUUUACCACACCCAGAACACUAUUGGUGACAGCCAAAAUAUAUCUCAGGAUACUCAGGGCUCGAUCUUUCACCCCAGUAACGCUAUGGUGCAGCACCAGAACUCUUUAGCCUCACAAGAUCAACUGCAGCCUCAGCUUUUUCAUCCGCAGAGCGCCAUGUCUGUUCUCCAGAACUCUUCAGCUCCGGAGCAGCCUUCGGCCAACAUGUUCCUCUCUCAGAGUGCAAUGAACUCCCUACAGAAUAGCGCAGUUGUUCAGGACAAGCAGAUGUCAUUUUUUGCAAGUCAGAAUCCCCUCCCUUCACUUCAACCUGGACAGAACACAGACCAGCAGACAGCCUUCCAGCAGCAGACCCCUCUAUCUCACAUGCAGAAUACUAUCAUUUCUCAGGAACAGCAGUCCCAACAAAACCUGUUCCAGACACAGAACCAGCAAACCUCCAUCUUCCAGGCAGCUCACUCCAUGGUGGGGAUCCAGGGCAGCCCCUCGCAACAUGAGCAGGCUCAAAAUUUGCUUUAUAACACUCAGAAUUCAAUGGCCUCUAUGGGUUCCCAAGAACAGCAGCAGAACAUGCUCUUCAGCACCAGUCAAGAGCAGAUGACCACACAAGAACAGCAGAGUCAAGUCAUGUUUCACUCCCAAAACAUGGAUUUUCAAGGACAGAGCCCUGUUUCCUCCCAGCAUGAGCAACAGCAACAAUCCCCCAUGUACCACAACUCUCCCCAGCUUCAGCUGGUUCAGCCAUCGUCCUCUCCAGAGCAGCAGGUGACCAUGUUUAUGUCUUCUGCCUCAAUGCUGCAGAGCAGUAUGAGCCAGCAGGAGAUGCAGCAGGCAGGCAUGUACACACAGCCGAUCCAGGGCAACACAUCCUCGUCUCAGCAGCAGGCUGCCGCAAUGUUCCACAACUCCGCUGCCGGAGCUAUGGGUCAAAUGCAAAACCAGCAAGCGUCAUCACCGCAGGCGUCAGGGAUGUUUCUGUAUGGCAUUCAGAACAGUGAGUUAUAUUGAAUUUUUCCACAAUUGCUCAGAUUUCUGAUCAGUUACUGUAAUAUAGGAUACAAUCCUCUAAACCUGGGGUACAGCUUGAAAUAAGACAUUUGAAAUAAAUGUUUCCAUAGUUUUAUAAAUCUUUUUGCCAAAUGUAGCUCCUUGCCACAGAUUUCCUCUUGUUGGAUCUUACUGAUUAUGGUUGUAGAAUUAAAGAAUAAGAAACAUUAUUGAACUCUCUCCCACUCCCACCGACCGCACAGGAGCACACCUCCCUCAGUGGUUAUUGCUAUAGCUGCACACCAGAUAAUUUAUUCAUCCUGCCAACACAUCUGUCCCCAUUCUGUACCUUGGUUGAUACCAGUGGAGUGGUCAGUAGGUAAUACUUACUACCUGUUGUGUUAUCCAGAGAAUGACUAAAUACCAGACCCAACACCUGCACAAUUAACAUAAAAUGGAAUUAUGAGAUGCUCACAAACAACCAGUAGGGACAAUCCCAGUCUACAGUAUAAAAGCCAACAACUGAGCAUUGUAAUAUACAAAUAUCUCAUUCAUUAUGCUUUUAAUUCCUCAGAUUGCAACCAAAUGAUGCCUCAAUCAAGUGGCUCUUUGACGGAGCAGAUGAUGGCCUUGGGUCAGUCGGGCCAGCCUCAAGGAGAUGGGCAGUCUGUGAGCACACUUCUUUCUCAGCAGAUGUCUGAGAAUUCUUCAAUGACGGCUGAUCAAAACAUGGAGAAGAUCAGUGAUUUGCUGGUGUCUCUGCAGAACCAGGGGAAUAACUUGUCAGGUUCCUUCUGAUUUGUUGGUGAGUAUUGUGCUUGCAAUUCUGACAUUUUGAGCUGUUACAGUAUGAUCGUGCUGUCACUCUCCUGGUUCUGGAAGCUCCUGUCACUGAGCAAGCACAGCUGUACACUCUGACACUCUCAGCCAACGAGUGCAACAUCACAUGCUUUGGAAGUUCAAUAAAGUCCCAACCCAGUCAGAAGAUAUCAUAAGACAAAGUAUGGUCUACUUUGUCUUUUAGAUUUUUUCUGUGCUUGAUGAAGAUGGAGUUGCCACUAUCAAGCACCCAGCCAUCACAAUUAACAACUGAUUGUAAAAGGCUAUGUCUAUGAAGGUUCCAGUAGGAGACUCCAUAGACCUCAAUGAUGUAAUGCAUGCAGGUGAAGUGUUAGGAGCUGAAGUGGAUGCACUAGAUCAAGAUGGCGGUGGCUAUGAGGGACAAGUUCCAGUAAGUUAAACCUACCUUGCCCUGCACCCUCAGACCACCGCACUGCUAAUGGAGCAGUCACAGUCAAUGGUCUUUGUAACAUAUACAAAGACCCCAGAAGGUGACAUAGCCACUUUAAGAUGAGACACUUUAAGAAGAUCAAUACUUUAAUUUUCUUUUCCUCUCAGGAUUACUCAUUGCGUACCUAUGUUAAAGGACCACUAUAGUGCCAGGAAAACAUACUCGUUUUCCUGGCACUAUAGUGCCCUGAGGGUGCCCCCACCCUCAGGGUCCCCCUCCCGCCUGGCUCUGGGGAGAGGAAAGGGGUAAAAACUUACCUUUUUCCAGCGCUGGGCGGAGAGCUCUCCUCCUCCUCUCCGCCUCCGUUACGCCCCGCCGGCUGAAUGCGCACGCGCGGCAAGAGCUGCGCGCGCAUUCAGCCGGUCUCAUAGGAAAGCAUUUACAAUGCUUUCCUAUGGACGCUGGCGUGCUCUCACUGUGAUUUUCACAGUGAGAAGCACGCAAGCGCCUCUAGUGGCUGUCAAUGAGACGGCCACUAGAGGAUUAGGGGGAAGGCUUAACCCAUUCAUAAUUAUAGCAGUUUCUCUGAAACUGCUAUAAUUAUGAAAAAAUGGGUUAACCCUAGAAGGACCUGGCACCCAGACCACUUCAUUAAGCUGAAGUGGUCUGGGUGCCUAGAGUGGUCCUUUAAGUGAUCACAGGUCUAAUCUUAUUGGCUGAAUUUCACUGGUAGAUCAGCACAUUACAAACCACGUGGACCAUUCAUUUUAUCUCUUCAUUUCUCUGCACAAUUUAAACUGGCUUUUUACUCUCAAUAAAGUCUAAAAUACAGGGCCUGACACAUAUGUAGAUUUUUCUAGUACAGAGAUCUUAAUUAGUUCAUCCACAGGGCUGUAGCAUUGUAGAAUGGAAUAUAUUAAUAAUAGACAAAGAGGAGGGCCUUUUACAGACCCUUCUGGAUAACAUUGUGUAAGCUUUCUAUGUUGUGCACGUGCUAUGGCUUUUUAUUAUCUCACAAUGAAAACAAAUAUUCUGUAUAUUUCAGGUGCCCUGGGAAAGGAUGUUGUAAAACUGGAUUAUUCUGUAUAUCAGCCACGGUCCAAGUAGUCUGCUUGUAGUGCUGUGUUCCCUGGUUUGUUCAUAUCCUCCUUCAGUAUUUAGUGACCAAGGCCAACAGGCCGAUAGACUGUCAUACUCUACAAAGCAGUGGGAAUCGAGAGAACUGCUGGGAGCUCAACUCUUAGUGCUCUCUGUAUCUGCAUUGGUUGCAAUGUUUACCUUUUAUUAGGUCCAUGUCCACCAUAGUUCGUUUUUAUGUGUGUGUGUAUAUAUUUGUAUAUAAAAUAUAUAUAUUUUUUCCCCUCUAUUUCUCCCUGAAAGGAUAUAUUUAUAGUCUAUUAGAGAAGCUGUGAUUAGUGAGGGCUGGUCUCACCACAGGUUGUGGUCUGGAUGAUAUAAAAUUUGCACAGUACAUGAGAACAAGUGCUGAUGACUUAUCCAACAAGAGCGAGCUAGAUCGAUUGGCAGUGGGCCACAACUUUCCCCCGGAAUGUCUUCUCUCAUGUCAUAUGGACUUUAUCAUGGAGAUGCAUUUCAGAAAGACUCUGCUGACAAUGAGGCUUGCUCUGUAAAGAUUUCUUAAUGCUGCUUGGUCCUACAGCCUCCUUAUUGGCAGACGAGUCAACGAGCCAUCGGUGGGUGGCAUUUUGUGGCUACAUUGCUCACUCCUAUGGCCUUCAGGAGGUCUUAUCUGGCACAUCAUGUCUAGUUUUAAAUCAUCUUGUAUACAAUGGAAAUCUGCAGAUACACAGUGUAUUAAACAUGAAAAUCUUCUCAGCGAAGUAUCUUCUGAAGAUUUUUAAUCCAACUUAACAUUCUUUCUCAACGGCCAAGGUCCUUGUUCCGGGCAGCUGAAAGCCCAGCACUUCCAUAUCUGCAUUAAAAGGUUUUUUGUUUUUUUGUUUUUUUUUUUGCUUCAAGAAUACCCAGCUUUUGAGAAUUAUUAUUUUUUUUUUUUUUUAAAUCACAUUGAAAAGCUUUUCUUUUUAAUUCAAACGGUGUAUGUGCAAUUUUUAACUUUCGAUGAGAUAAUGUCCAGACUGGGAAUAUGGCGUGUCUGUUUGAAUGAGAUGUAUACGUUCAAAUUACUUUUUUGCAUUAAAAAAGCAAAGAAUUAUCCAUCUAUAUCCUUCUUAAAGGAACACAAUGGUCACCUGAACCAGAACAGCUUAAUGCGUGCCUCUAGUGUCUAUAGCCAGUCUUCGCAGGCUUUUUAAUGUAAACUCACAGAGAAAAGGCAGUUUACAUUGCUGACUAGUAAUAUCUCUAGGGACAGACACUCAGACGUCCACUAGAGGUGCCUGCUGUGUCAGUGCUGCACAAUGUGUGUUUCCAUGCCCUGCUUGGAGUCACUGAAUGUUCCCCAUAGAGAUGCAUUGAUUCAAUGUAUCUCUGAGAAGAUGCUGAUUGCCUCAGCGGCAUUUUGCUGUGGAGGUGGGCCAACCGCAGCAAGAUCAGCACAGUGAUGGAGAAAAAGUGAGUAAAAUCACCUUUUCAGUGCGAUUGGAGAAGGGCCACUCACCUAAACAGCCACACCAGCACUAUAGUGUCAGGAAUACAUGUUUGUAUUCAUGAAACUAUAGUGUUCCUCUAAAUGUGGAUCAGCGAGAGUCCCCAUUCUAGACAACUAAUGCUGUACUUACCUGUAUUUGGAGGACUUGUGUCUUUCUUUGAUAUUUGAGCCAUGUAGAUAUUUGUGCUGUUAAGCCCUGUCUCCCUGUCUAAUUAUGUAAACACAUCCUUUUCUAAUUUUCCCCUCUCAUUUUUGUCUGUGUGCGUGUUUAAUGAUCUCCGAGAGGAGAUUCUGACUUGUCAAUAGUGCGGGUUCAAUGCCAAUAUGAAGGGAACUUUUUCAGAAAGAGACCUUUCAAGGUCAUUUUAAUUUUGAAUACUAUUUUCAGUCAUUCAAGUUUUUUGAUGGCUUUUAUCAAACUGUUUUGUUUUGUUUUAAUGGGGGUUUUUGAAAGCUAUAUUUUGUAUUUAGAGAGAAAAAAAAACUUAGUUGCUAUAUGUACUGAAGAAGUCUUUAGCAGAAAUUGUAAGUAUGUCGGAGGGGAAGGUGUGUGUGUGUGUGUGUGUGUGUGUAUAUAUAAAUAUAAUAAAAUGUGUGUGUGUGUGUGUGUGUGUAUACACAUAUAAAUAAAAUUAUUUUCUAUAAAAUAUUAUACAUAAAAUAUUCUUUUGCACACACCUGUGGCAGGUUUUGUCUGUUUGUCACUGUGGCUCCUGUGUGAAGGUACAGCGAUGUUUGUUUGGUUGGGAGAAAGGGCUGUGUUAUCCCUUUUACGCUUAGUUUGUGUCUCUGAAUUUUCCAGCAAUGUGUAAUCAUUUAGUCAAAUUGGCACUCACAGUUAGAGAAGCAAAACCUAGCAGAGGUGGUUUGUAAUUCAGCCUAUCAUUUCCUAACACUCAGUUACUGUCACCUUAUGUGUAUUCAUUAUUUAUGUGAAGUUAUCAGCUUUUUACUUAAGAAAUGUCAUCCCUCUAAGUCCAUAGCCCAUGAUGGUUAUGGUAGGUUGCUAUGCGUGUGCGAAGAGGAGACUUACAUGGUUUAUUAUGAUUAAUCAUGCCUCUAGCUGGUUAAAAUCCUCACGUGUGCGUACAAAUCAUUUAGAGACAAGUCCGUGGUUGGUUUGUUAUUAACAUUUUGAAAAUACGGCACAGCUUUUCUAACUCUUAUGUAACAAUUUUAAAGAAGUGUAUUUUAUAAUGCUGUUACUUUUUGGAAAGCUUAUUCAUUCAGAAUAUAAAGUACAUGUAACAAAAUGCAAAAACAAGUCAGCGAAUGCCUUAAUCAUAAAAUGUCAAGCUGUACACAGCAUGCUUCUCGAACCUGUGUUCAGGGGUCCUACCAGUGACCUUAAACCUCUGGGGCCCAACAUCAGCACAGUUUGUGCUUCCCAAGUGAAUUGCCAUGUUUCUUACCCAGAAUGCACUGCUGUUUAAAUGUUGACCAAGCAUUUUGGGACACAAAAGCCCAUAUCAUAGAGUUUAUCUUAACCGGCUUUGACCUUCUUAGAACCCAUCACUUUUAUGCCUGAUUGAUGGAAGACGCUGUAUUAAAGCACAUUCACUUGUCACAGGCAGGAGGUAUUACAGUUGUCUGCCCAAAAGUAUUCCCGCCAUGCCCUGGGAAGAAAGUACUGAACACCUAGAUAGAACUAUGGAAGGUUGUGGCGUUCAACUAAAUUCGCAAACUGCAGUCAUAAAGCUUUUAAAAGAUGCUAAGUGCAAGGAAAUGGAUCCAGUGAAACCUUGCUCACACUGAGCUAUCGCACUCACAGUCACAGUUGCACUUGCUUUAAUUGUGCCAUUUGUGUAAACUUCCUAAACCCAUUAACUAAUUUGUUUAUGCAGUCUCUAGAGCACCCCGUUGUUAGCUUUGGAAUAGGAGCAGUGAUUGUCUACAAUCAUUCUAAUCCAUUUGAAAUGCAGCUGUUAAGGAACACUCAGACUGAAAUAUUGCUUUUUAUUAUGUGUAUAAGCGUGAUGUAUGAACAUUAACGAAACACUGAAACUAUAAAAAUAUCUCAUUUUUCAAAUUUGAUUAGUUCCUUUACCCCAUCACAUUCAAAGCUGCCAGAUUUUAAAUUACAACUAAAACACCCAUUUUUUACUUGUAAUACAACAGCAGGGCAGUCCUCGUGCAGCAGCCACUCUGCCUUCUGUGAGAUCUUCAAUGCUGACAAUCAGUCCUGUUCAAUGAUGUCUGCUGAAACGCCAGUUAGUAUUAUAAAUGACGGUUACCACUGCAGGGUGCACCAGGCUAUAUCUCAUGCUAACCUGGAUAUCCUUUUAUCAGCAGCAGUAAAGCUGAUUUGUGAAAGGCUGAACUUGAUAGACUUUCUUCUGCCUAUAUUACUAUGUAUAUUAGUGCCUUUCCAUUAAAUAAAUAAGAUAUGUUAGUGAGGCCAAACCCAAUUAAUUCCAAUCAAGUUGUUGCUUUUAAUCUCCGUUAUAAAGGUUUGGUCACUUCCAUGUCCCCUGAAUACCGGAUUGAGAACCAUUAGAUAUUGUGUAUAGCUCUGUGCUGACCAUUUGCGCAGAGUUCAUCCCAUGGGUAUAUAUUGUCUGCAUCACACAGCUUCUAAUUAGGCUAUGAUAUGGUGCCGCAGGAAAAGCACAGCCAUUAAGGGACCAAACUGUAUUUUAAUUGUCAAAACACCAUUAUUUGGGUUUGAAUGACUUCCACUGGAAGAUAAAAGGAUGGAAAAGGCUCAAACAACGUGGUUAAAUCUGCAGACAAAAAAAGCCUAAAGCUCAAAUGAAAGUGUAGAAUGAAUUUUAGGUAGAAAAGACUGAUAAUACUCCUCUAUUGGGACAUCUGAGUAUCGGUUCCUUUUAUUAAGGAAGUUAGGGUUUGUAUUGAGCUGAUAAUGUUUACUGAGGAUAUGCAGACUUGCAUUCUUAGAGCAAUGCUUGCACAUCUGGCUGUGGAAUAAUAAGUGUGAAUUUCAUAUUGUGGAAAGGCACACAGAAUACACAUAGCUUUAAUGGAGAGAUCUUUAUUUUUUUACCAUCCCCUUAUUACUCACUAUGUGGGGCUAGAAUCAUCACCGCACAUGAUUUGCACUCACUUUAGUCCAUUUAUAGUGGUUUUAGGUAUUAAUGAGGGUAGUUCUUUGUCAUAUCUGAAUAUUUAACGAUUUCUCUUUAAUUUCCAUAAAGGGGAAAACAAUGUUAUUCAUUAAACUGAACAUUUUCUGCUAAAACCAAAAAGCUUAUUUGGCCCAGAAUGUUAGACUUUCUAUUCACCCCAAUUCCCAGCUAAGUGAUUAAACCAAACGUCUGCAAAUCUUCACGAGGCUGCAUUCUACGUUCCCUACUAGUUGUAUGCAGAUUGUUUGUCAUGCACACAAUAUUCUAUCUGCUUGCUACUGGUGGUAUGUAACAAUGGCAUUAAUGCCACACAGUGUAUGCUUCAGACAAGUCAGAUUCCACUCCAAACAAAACAUUCUACAGAAAUAAGUCACACGGGCCUGUGUGGGACCCGACUACUGUGCUUUAUUUCCCUUUAUUACAUUACAUUUCCUUGGCUCCUGUUCACAUCUGUGAUGUGAAUUUAGUUUUUUAUUCUUUAUAUCCAAAAUGAGUCACAUGGCCAGCAUAAGGUUAUAUAAGGUCUCUUUCCUGGGGGUGUCAGCAUCCGUACCCUUUCCUAUGGAGCAGAUUCUGGAAUUUACUGGAUGAGCCUUCUUCCAUUCUUUUUCUGAGUUGUGCAGUGCAUAGCUCUGACUGUAGGGGGCGAUGAUGGCUUUUAUAUACAGAGCUUGUUCUGUUUAGGGGCAUCGUUGUUUUAUCGUUUUUAGCAAACUUGUAAUAACGUGUUAUAUAUUAAACAAAGAUAUUUUGCUUCUAUUGGGACAUUUGUAUACUCUUUGCAAUUAUAUUUCUGUAAACCGUUCCAAUCAUUAAAUACAACUUUGAAAGUU